GUGCUUUGUGGAGCUUUUUCUGCAAAGGGUUGGAUUUCUGCAAAAUGGAAUAAAUAUGUCCUUCAUACAUUGGUCCUAGUGUUUUUUUAAAAAAUGUAAUACUCUCCACUCCCCCAUUACCCAGUUUCUUAUUUCUUUCAGAAGUCCAAGGUGUCCUUCAAAAAAGAGUCACUUUUUCUGGCCAAGCACGAAGGCAGGAAGCCGAUUACUGGAAAGGUAAUUUUAUUAAAUAAGAGUAUGUGUUUACUAUAGGAAUGGGAUUUUAAAAAACAACAACAACAAUUUGAAUUUAGAUAGAGAAAGAGAAAAAUUGACUGCUUUAUAUUAUUGUACCGAAAGGUCAAAUGCAGGCUGAUUGUAGGAACUGUGGUUUAAAUGUCGUGGACUUGCUUGUAGUAUUUUAUUUGCUCUGGAAAAUAUAGCUUGUGACAGAGGUUUCUUUUAGUUCAUUCUGUAUACAUUAUCUGCAAUCCUCCCCCUACUCGCAUAACAUUUGCCCUAUUCAAUGUGAUUUUACUCCAAAACUGCUCUAGCUCCUUCAUAUCUAGAGAAGCCUCUGAACAGGAGCUAGAAAUUAUAUAGCAGCAAAAUUAACUCAUUUUAAAUAGCUGAAAAACUGUUCACUAUUAUUAUGUAAUCUAAAUAUGAAGCACCUUAUUGAGUAGCAUUGUUUACAUUAGUAACUGAAGACUUUUCUUGGGCCCAAUCCAAAGGACCUUGCUUAAUUAAAGGCUGCAGUCCUAUACACACAGUGGUAAGAGUUGCGGAACAUUAUCCAAGGCAAUUCCAAAUAAAUAUGCAUAGGAUUCUGCAUGAUUGAAAAAACUUUUUUUGCUGCUCUCCUUAACUUUAGUGGGGGUUUCACGAGUUCUGUGUACCUUUUAUCUGAUAUCAGUUGUAGGUGUAAAUACACUUUUUAAUCUUUAAGGGCUGAUACUGUGUUGGUUUUUUAAAAAUUCUCCUCAGAUGCCAGACAGGUUCCCACAACAACAAAUCAUUCCUCUUUAGGAAGACAUUUUGGACAUAAGUGGUUGCUCUCUUUUUUCAAUGGUUGUGCUAGAUUCUUAUGCACACUUUACCGUUCCCAUACUGCAGGGUCUUAAUAUCCAAUAAUUUUUCCUCAGAUUCACAUUUAAUUUGUUUCUGGAAAGGUAGAAAAAAACCCUUUUUACAUGCGGCAUUUACUGAUGAACAAAAAUGUGAUAUGGUUGGAUUGAUUUUAAGCUUCGUUUAAUCUGAUUUUGUGGUCCAAGCUAAAAGUAAAAUUUAAAAACUGUCUAAACCAAAAAGGAAGGGAGGAAGGGAGGGAGAGGAAAAGCAGAACUAGACAAUGCAGCUAAUGAAGAUUUGCAUGUGGUUUAGAUACUCUCUUAACGCUGUUUAUUUUAAGCGAAAUAGUUAUUCACCCUUAACAUUAGCACUGUUUAGCUAUGCUUGUGUUUGGAAUUCUGCACAGUCAGUUAGUGUAUCUGGGAAAAAGCAGAUUUUUAGUAAACAAUUAAGGGCCUCUUUGGACUACUGUAAUCUGUUUCAGCAGGGUGUGUGUGUGUGUGUGUGUGUGUGUGUGAGAGAGAGAGAGAGAGAGAGAGAGAGAGAGAGAGAGAGAGAGGAGAGACUACUGUACCUUACUAGCCUAAGGCUCAAGGGGUAAACUUUUGUUCUUGAGAAAUGUUUCUUUCACAGACUAAAUUCUAGAGGACACAUUCAUCUUGCUAGAAACUUGACUUACCACAGGGUUGAAGAAAUUCCGAUGAAAAUCCUCACUAUUACAUAUUUUACAUGGCUGUUUAUGUGUAUAUGUUUUAAAAUUAUACAUUUGGAUGUUUCAUGGUGGCCUAUACUUGUAAUGCCUAGUAAAGGUUUGGCGAAGUAAGUAAGACUUACCACAGGGAAGGACAAAAGGCUGACUGAGGUACACUGGAGAAACCACAAAUAAACAGAGUUGGCAAUAUCCUGUGCCUUUUGCAGUGAGGCUCUGAAGGUCUCUUCUGCCAGUGUGUGGCUCUGGUUGCCUGUCACAUCCUCUAACCUCCUCCUUUUACCUGCUUGUGAAAAGUUGCUUUCUUUCCCAGGUGAGUCUUCAGGCUUCCUGCUCAGAGAGCAAUGUAGGCGCUGUAUCCUCCCUUUUCUGUGUUGUGCUCAUGAGGAACACGAGAGGAUUCAAAUUCCUGUCUGGAUAUGCCAGGGAACUGGUAGGAUCGAGCUUCUUGAUGCCCCUACCACUGGCUGAUGGAGGGGGGACAUUGCUGUUACCUUGAGCACUGUGAGUGCAAAGGUGCAAAGCUGUGCUGGGCACGAUGAGGUUGUUAGCUCCUUCAGGCACAGUCCUUGAUUGGUAGGCUUUAUUUUUAAGGCUGCAGGGAGCAUGCUUGCCAUUUUGUUGUUGUUGUUGUUGUUGUGUAUGCUCCCCCUCCCGCCUCAAGUUGAGCACACAAGGGCUGAACUUCCCUCAGGAGGAGUUCAAAUCCCCCUAUGCUGAAAAGUGUGGGUGCUCUGUUAUCCAACAGGGUACCUGGGGACAGCAUCAUGGAGAAAGCUUUGUGCAGAUCAGUUACAAAGCCAUAUGAUUUUGUGUAUACGCAAAAUACCGGGUCAGUGCACAAACGUGCCCUGAUGCUUCUCAUUUUUUACAAAAUCAUCUUUGAACUUCUCAUACUACAAGAGAAAAGUCUCUCAAAGCCAUUUUUACAAAAUCAUCUUUGAACUUCUCUUACACUGUUGAAAUGCCCUUACUGUAAAGGUAAAGGGACCCCUGAACAUUAGGUCCAGUCGCAGAUGACUCUGAGUUUGCAGCGCUCAUCUCGCUUUACUGGCCAAAGGAGCCGGCGUACAGCUUCCGGGUCAUGUGGCCAGCAUGACUAAGCCGCUUCAGGUGAACCAGAGCAGCGCAUGGAAACGCCAUUUACCUUCCCGCCAGAGCGGUACCUAUUUAUCCACUUGCACUUUGACAUGCUUUCGAACUGCUAGGCUAGCAGGAACAGGGACCGAGCAAUGGGAUCUCACCCUGUCGCGGGGAUUCGAACCGCCGACCUUCUGAUCGGCAAGCCCUAGGCUCUGUGGUUUAACCCACAGCGCGACCCGUGUCCCGAUCUUACUGUACCUCCAUCCAAAAGAGAAGAGCUGUAGGGCCGCCAUCUGCUCUGCUGAGAAGCUAGGCUCCUCCUUCCACCUCCUGGCAUCACAUCAGUCUGUAAUAAAAAAAGAAAAAGUUUGCAGAGCCAUUCUGUCAAUUUAGCUGGGAGGCCACCAGCUUCUGGCUCCUCCUCCUCCCUCCUCCUGAACUCCUCCGCCCCCAACUGUUCACUAGAAGAAUUUGCAAGGAAAAAUACUUCCUGCUCCCUCCCAAGCCAAUCAUUUCUUGCUGCUGCAUCUUUUUAGAUUUCAAACCUGAGGGAAGGGUGGUCUGCAAGGCUUUUUGGGUGAAGAUUGAGAUCACUUGGUUGUUGUUUUUAAAAUCAUUUCAUUUGCACAAAGAUUCUUUGCACAUGUCAAAAAGGAUGAAAACUAAGUCGAAUGUCCUACCAGAGAAAUCCCCCCCCCCUCCAACAUGGUUCACAGUAUAAAUGAUCAGUGAUUUUUUAAAAAAGCAUUAAAAAAAACAACGAGUCUUCUUACCGGAACAUUUCAGUAUCUAAUAUGUAAAGUCUAUCCAAAUUGCUCAUAUAGUGGCCUCUUGGGUACCGCAGUUUUACUCUAUAUUAAUGUGGUGUUCAUGGCAGAGAAUGAGUGCUUUGUACUUGCCCAGCUUUCUGCUCACAGAGAGGAUUUUUGCCCCCAAUUUACAAAGUGAUUACCCACACCAAAUUACACUGUCACACAUGCUGUCACAUACUUGAUACGAAAAUAUGUGCUAAUCAGCAGCAGAAGAUACUUCUGCAAAAGCAUUCAUGUUUCAGAAUGCUCAAUUGGGGGGAGGGGGGAGAGAAGUAAUCUCCUCUGACAGCUUCUCUUCACAUCAUCACCAUGCAGUUAACUGGUGCUGAAUCUUUGAACGCUGAAUAAACUCCCCUGCUGCAACUCUGUUCUGUGGCAUUCCUUUCUGCAUCCGCAUCAGGACAAGAGUCAGAGACGGGAAUGAAAUGGGAAGCGCUUAAGUGUAGGCAAAGCUAUCAUUUUCCGGACAAUUACCCUAGUCUGGUCCUACCUUGCUUUGUGUAUUAGAUCCAAAACUUAAUGCAGCUUCACAAAUGCUUUAUUAAGUAGAGGCUUCCAUUUAUCAGGGGAGAAUGCAUCCUAAGGGAAACAUGCUUGCAGAACUGAAGGGUUUUAAAGAUAAUUAGAAUGAGGCUAUAGUAUCUAGUCUGACGCGGGUGGGGCUGUGGGUUAAACCACAGAGCCUAGGACUUGCUGAUCAGAAGGUCGGCGGUUCAAAUCCCGGCGCCGGGGUGAGCUCCCGUUGCUUGGUCCCUGCUCCUGCCAACCUAGCAGUUCCAAAGCACAUCAAAGUGCAAGUAGAUAAAUAGGUACCGCUCUGGCGGGAAGGUAAACGGCGUUUCCGUGCGCUGCUCUGGUUCGCCAGAAGCAGCUUUGUCAUGCUAGCCGCAUGACCCGGAAGCUGUACGCCAGCUCCCUUGGCCAAUAAAGCGAAAUGAGCCCCGCAACCCCAGAGUCGGUCACGACUGGACCUAAUGGUCAGGGGUCCCUUUACCUUUACCUAAUAGAAUCUAGUACAGGCAUCCCCAAACUCGGCUCUCCAGGUGUUUUGGGACUACAACUCCCAUCAUCCCUAGCUAACAGGAUCAGUGGUGAGGGAUGAUGGGAAUUGUAUUCCCAAAACAUCUGGAGGGCCGAGUUUGGGGAUGCCUGAUCUCAUAUAUAUUAUUUCCCUCCUCGUCAGUGGUAGGAAAACUUCCUUCAAUCCGCCCCCCCCCUUCCAUACCAGGAACAAUGCGGUCCACGAGAUCUGCAAACUGUCCAGCAUAAUUGAAACAAUUGCUGCUCCCAUACUGAACGUUCCUGCCAGUUUAAAUUGAUGGGCAGCACUCCAUUCUCUGCACCAUCUGACUGAGAAGUUGCAUCUCCUGGGGCAGAUUCCAGGCCCUUCAGAACAGUAGCAUCCCAUCCGUGACAUCCACUCUCCAAUGAGGCAUGCCCAAAUCUCAGUGAGAGCCCAAAAUCUAGUCACCGCCAGAAGAUCGCAUAAAACGUUUUCAUCUGGGCUCUUGAGGAUUGAUCUAUUUGUGAUAUUUUGGUGUCCUAAUAGAAUAUUAACUUUAUAGUUCUGUUGCCGAUAUUUGUGCUGCAUUAUUGAUUCAUUUAAUGAAUCGUAAUUGUUUGUGGGUUCUGUAGCUUUGCCUUGAAUUGCUGUUUUUAUGGCGAGAAAAUUGAAGUAGAAAUGGGGUGGGGGAAAACCAGGAGCAGGUCUUCAGCUAUGCAGAGCCCUAAGGCAGUGGCUGGGAAGCGUAUUUCUUCAUGACAAACAGCACAGUAGUAACACUCAAGCCCAACUAGUUGCAUCCUGAAUCUUGAUACACAGGCACAGGGAACAACCUGUAAAAACAUUUUCAUCAUGCAGUUAUUAGGAUGGAUAAUAAUGAUAACUAUUGACUUUUCAAUAGCUAAACACAGUGAACAACCAAAACUGAUUUUGCCAAAACAGAUUAAAGAAAUGAUUAGGAAGCACAUGGGAAAAAAAACCUUUAUAUGUCCCAAAGGAAGCCCUUAAAACAGCAUACCCUUCAACUUUUAUCCAAUGAAGAAUAGGGGCAUUCUAUCCCAUCAUCAUCAUCAUCUUACUAUUUAUACCCCUACCAUCUAAUUGGGUUGCUCCAGCCACUCUGGGCAGCAUCCAAUAUAUAUAUACAUUAAACAUUUUUAAACUUCGCUAUACAGGGCUACCUUCAAGAUGGUUCGGGCGUUGCAUAACUCCAAACCCACCAAUAUAUCUCCAAUUAAAAUAGGAACGUCCUAACGAAAAGUGGGACAUUCUGGAAUCAAAUCAGAAACUGGGAUGGCUUCUGUAAAUCCAGGACUAUCCCUGGAAAAUAGGGACAUUUUGAGGGUCUGAAACAGGGUGGGAGUCCUCCAGUCUGGAAGACAAAUGCUGCAUUCCAGAUCUGUCUGUCCUUGGGACACUUCAGAGCCACCCCCUCUUUCGCCAGGCUAUGUCUCCCAACAAUCUCGCUUCAUAUUCUCCUGGGUGUGUUUAUCUGGCUAGAAAGAGUUCUUGAACUCUGACAGCAAUUCUUGGUUUUCCUGGAUUGAGGGGCGUGUGCGCACAGACUAGAAAUGAGCCUGCUGUAUAAAAGUAAGAUUUAAAUUCCUUGCUCCUCCAAUGUUUACCUCUGGCUGCACCCACAGAAAGGUUCCCCCCUGGAAGGGAAUUAAGUCCUCAGUCUGAAAAAUUCUGCCUUAAAUUCGCUUUCACAAUGAGAACUGGGUUGCCCCAGCCACUCUGGGCAACUUCCAACACACAUCAAAACAUAAUAAAACAUUUAAAAAUUUCUCUAUACAGGGCUUGGACGCGGGUGGUGCUGUGGGUUAAACCACAGAGCCUAGGACUUGCCAGUCAGAAGGUUGGCGGUUCAAAUCCCCGCGACGGGGUGAACUCCUGUUGCUCGGUCCCUGCUCCUGCCAACCUAGCAGUCCGAAAGCACGUCAAAGUGCAAGUAGAUAAAUAGGUACUGCUCCAGCGGGAAGGUAAACGGCGUUUCCGUGCGCUGCUCUGGUUCGCCAGAAGCGGCUUAGUCAUGCUGGCCACAUGACCCGGAAGCUGUACGCUGGCUCCCUCGGCCAAUAAAGCCAGAUGAGCGCCGCAACCCCAGAGUCAGCCACGACUGGACCCUAAUGGUCAGGGGUCCCUUUACCUUUAUACAGGGCUGCCAUCAGGUGUCUUCUAAAGGUUGUAGAGUUACUUAUCCCCCUGAGUCGGGGGGCCGCAUAACUCCAUACCGUCCAACAUUUCUCCGAUUAAAAUAGGAUCGUCCUAAGAAAAGUGGGACAUUCUGGGAUCAAAUCAGAAACCAGGAUGGCUUCUGUAAAUCCUGGACUAUCCCUGGAAAACAGAGACACUUGGAGAGCCUGGACCUUAUCCUCAGAAUUGUUCUAAGAAUAGUUGGGGAGCUUUCCCAGAUGAAAGAUCAAAUUACCUUAACACUGCCUGUCUUUUAAGCUCCCUCUAAGAAUCUUGACAGUACCUUUCCUGCUUAUGCCAAUUAAACAGUUCAAGACAUGUAAAUAGGCAGGCAGACAUGCUUGAGCACAGACAUCUGGAACAUUAUUAAGAUACAGAUGCAAAUUGCUUGUUUAGAUGUAAUUUCCCUCCUAAGGUCAAGUGUUAGCCUCCUCCAUUCAGCAUCAGCAAAAAUGCAAACUGCAGUACCCAGUGAUGAGAGUCAAAAUGCUUCGGGAGGCCUUGACUGAUGAGCUUAAUGCUCUUGUUAUUUGGAAGAAACUCAUGACUCCUGUAGUUUUCUUGGAACUAACUUUAGAAACCAAUUUGCCAUGCCAAGUGCAUUUAAGUUGCAACCUACUCAGUUCAAUUAAGGUAAUAUAUCAGUGCUCAUUAGAAGAAAUUAAUAGCAGCAGAAUGUCAGACACUAUGUACUAUGUAAUUAGAGGUUCUGGCCCCUCGUGGACAUUGAAAAUUCCUUACUGGGCUUCACAAAACUGAAAGUGUUUUCUCUUAUUAAGGCUUCUGGCAAAAUGUGUUUAUUUUUAUUUGGGGCAAUGCUGGUGACUGGUGGUUUUAUUAUAGGCCUGGCAUUAUGCGAACCUUUGAAAGAAAUGAUGUGUUCCUACCCUGCCCUGAAUGCCUGCUUUUAUGUUCAGAACUUGAUUUCUUGUUGUGUGGAUAUGUUUAAGAAACCUGCCGAGUUAUCUUUUAUUUCCAGAAUGGCACUGGUGCCUUAACAGUCCAUCAUACCUAAACAAAUACAAGUAAAUUGAAAACUCAGACAUUGUCCAGGCCCCUGCAUGUAGUCAGUCUGAUGCACUUUGCAGCCAACAUAUUUCCCCUUUGUGGGUUAUGAAUGCAUACACAUACAUACAUAUGCACUGAUUGUUUUGUUCUGUCUGUUUUAUGCAAUUUAUUUGUGUUUUUAUCUCAUGUUCUUAUCUUGUGAACUGCCCUGAAAUCUUUUGAUGAAGGGUAGUACAGUGGUACCUCGGGUUACAUACACUUCAGGUUACAGACUCCGCUAACCCAGAAAUAUUACCUCGGGUUAAGAACUUUGCUUCAGGAUGAGAACAGAAAUCGUGCUCCGGCGGCAUGGCAGCAGUGGGAGGCCCCAUUAGCUAAAGUGGUGCUUCAGGUUAAGAACAGUUUCAGGUUAAGAGCGGACCUCCGGAACGAAUUAAGUACUUAACCCGAGGUACCACUGUAUAUAAAUCAAAUACAGAGCUUUCCAAACUGUCUUAGCAUUAGUAUGAGGGCUCCCAGAAAGGGGGCCGUGGCCUUUCUCUUCUUUUUGCUGCUGUGCUGUGCUGAGCUAAGCCAUAGUUCGGCUUAGUUUCUUGCCCAGAUGCAGUUUAUCUCAGCCGUUUCGCUCCCCCAGACAAACCACGAGCCAUGAACCACAGGACAAAACCUUGAUUAGUUUUUGGUUUGUCUAGAGAGUGCCAAACCACAAGUCCAGGCUUGGGCAAGGCACUAAGCCAAACUAUACGCAGCAGCAAAAACACCAUGCUAAGCAAAGUGGUUGCAAUCUCCUCUCCCAGAGUCUGCUUAUUCAUGCCAAGUCAUGUUUUGGCUUAGCAUGAUGUGUGGAACGGAUCACAGUGUCUAGGAAGCUGCCUUAUACUGAGCCAGACCAUUGGUCCAUCUAGCUAAGUGUUGUCUACUGUCAGCAGCUCUCCAGCAUUUCAGGCCGACUUCUCCUCCAGACCUACCUGGAGAUGCUGGGAAUUGAACCCAGGAACGUCCAAAAGGCAAGCAGACGUUCUACCAUUGAGCUAUGGCCCUUUCCCUAGCUCACCUAACCGAACUCUCAACUCUGGCCUUUCUCUUUCUAACUCCCGGCGAGAGAGGGCCCACCCAUUUCUCACCAGGCACAGAGCCACUUUCUUUGUUCCCUGAGUUGCCUAUCACCAGGGGUGAACUUUGGUAAUAUGGUGUCCUGAGUGAGGACAGAAUUUGGUGCUCCCUCCCCCCCCCAUAUUUAUUAUUCUCACAAUAAUUCCUUUUGGUACAGUUGCUUUUAUGGAUCUUCUCAGUAGGUACCUGUAUAAAUAUAAUUAUGAUUAUAAUGCACCCCUGAAGAAGAAGAAGAAAAGAAGAAUUUAUUAUUUAACCACCACCCUCAAAUCUGGCUGGGCUUCCCCAGCCACUCUGGGCAGCUUCCAAAAAAGAUUAAAAAAUACAUUUAAACACUUGUCAUUAAAAACUUCCCUAAACAGGGCUGCCUUCAGAUGUCUUCUAAAUGUCAGAUAGCUGUUUAUCUCCUUGACAUCUGAAGGGAGGAUGUUCCACAGGAUGGGCACCACUACCGAAAAGGCCCUCUGCCUGGUUCCCUGUAAACUUGGCUUCUUGCAGUGAGAGAAGCACCAGAAGGCCCUUGGAGCUGGACCUCAGUGUCCGGGCAGAACAAUGGUGCCGUGUGUUGGUGCCCGGUGUGGGGUAACUGCCUGCAACACCCUAAAGCCGGCGCUGCUAUCACCUCACCAGGAAGCUAGUUUUUCCACGAAUUAAAAAGGGACCCAGGCAUUUCUCCUACCCCCACCCAAACUCAUAUUUUUUUUGCAUUAUGGAAAGUGUGGGCUGCAUACACUGAAAAGUGUGGACAGACAAUUGCUGGAACUGACAGGACUUGGCUGCAAAUAAAACAUCUCAAAUGUGUUGUAAAGUGCAAUAUGCAAAUGUGACACUCGAUGGCGACAGCGAGCUACGCCAUAUUCAAUGUGUUUUUCAAAACGCUUUUUAAAAAAAUCAUUUUGACAGCAUUUUUUAUACGCCACCUCAAUAAUAAACCAGGGAUACCAACUUGUAAACAAUAUUUAUUGGGGGGGGGAUGCAGGUAAACCCUGCCUUGCAUAUUCCCUCACAUGAUGUGGUGCACUGCACACUAUUUGAAUGGACGCAGGUGGCGCUGUGGUCAAACCGCUGAGUCUCUUGGGCUUGCUGAUCAGAAGGUUGGCGGUUCGAAUCCCUGCAACAGAGUGAGCUCCCGUUGCUCUGUCCCAGCUGCUAGCAGUCUGAAAGUAUGCCAGUGUAAGUAGAUAAAUAGUUACCGCUGCGGCGGGAAGGUAAACUGUGUUUCCAUGCGCUCUGGUUUCCAUCAUGGUGUUCUGUUGCGCCAGAAGUGGUUUAGUCAUGCUAACCACAUGACCGGGAAAAGCUGUCUGUGAACAAACGCCUGCUCCCUUGGCCAGAAAGCAAGAUGAGUACCACAACCCCAGAGUCUCCUUUGACUGGACUUAACCGUCCAGGGGUCCUUUACCUUUAUUAUUAUGAUUUGAAUGGCAGUGCCCAUCAUCUUGAGGUCGGGGGCAAGCCCCCUCAAAUAUCUUAAGGGGGGGCGAAGGGACCUCGGCCCCCAAGGAGUUGGCUCCUAUGAUAACACCCUCAGCAUACGUGCUCAAUAAGCAGCAGGCGUCGCACCACCUUUAUGCAAACGCCAUGGAGGCUCCAUGAGCAGGUGGCCCCGAAGGGAACAUCUGGAAUGUGGGAAGCGCGCCAGCUGCCGCUUUGCUGCUUCAGAAAUCCCCUUCUUUCUCACACACAAACCCCGCGCCGAGCGGUUCUUUCUUUUCCCCCCCUUCCUCUCCCGAGGCUGAGCAGCGUCCAUGGGCAUCCAGGUGGGCUGCAGCCUCUCCGCCAGCCCCGGGCUCGCCCUGCCCGCUGCUUCGCGCGCUCCCUCCUUCCCUCCCCUCGGCUCCUCCCCGCGUCCAGAGCACCAGCCGCCUCUCGCUUUUCUCCCCGCAGGCGAAGGGAGAGAGCAGCUCCAGGCGAGAACUCGGCCGGACGGAGAUUCCCGCCAAAAUGGUGCCCGGGCGGCGGGCGCUCUCGUGGGCCGCGCUCGCGCUGGUCCUCCUCCUCGUGUGCCUGAGUCCCGGUGAGUCAGCCCCGCGCGCUGGAAAGGGGCUCUGCCCCACGCUCGGGAGAAGUGGGGCUUGGGGAGUAUGGGGGGAAAGAGGGCGGCGGGCACGCAGGAUGAUGCCCCACCCCCAAGACAAGGGGGCGCACGCUGAGGCUGAGCGAGGCAGCAGCCCCUUCGUCGUCGUCUUCCCGCCAAAAUUCCCCAACGCCGGUGGAUGUAGAAUGGCUCUGGUUGGAGCUGGGAAGCAGGAAACUCCUGAUCUUUGGUCCCCCUGCUCAUAAAAACGAGGGCUGGGCUUUGCAUCCAGGAGGGAUGUCCCAGAUGCCCAGACACACACUUCAAAACAAAACAAAGCCCAUUCCACCACUGCUGCUAAUAAUGCUCCAUAUUAUUAAUUGUGUGCGCAUGCAUGUGCACAGCUCUGCAAAGUGGUAUACUUCAGAUGUGGCGCAUAUAAUGUGGAUUUGCUUUGCUGGAGGAAAGAGACUGUGUUCCCUUGCCUAAACAGCCAGAUGUGGAAGCAAUCAUAUUUUUCACUCCCAGCCCAGGACAGUCUCUUCGCUUUUUCCAGAAGGUAUCCCCUUUAUAACCCUGAUGAUAGCGCCAAUAUUGCCACGUCGUAUAUAUGUUGCCAAGGUUGCAUGUUUGAUCCCCGUAUGGGGCAGCUGCAUAUUCCUCCAUUGCGGGGGUUGGACUAGAGGAUCCUCAGGGUCCCUUCCAACUCUAUAAUUAUACGAUUCUAUGUCACAAAAGCUUCCAUCCCACCCCCACAAUUGGGGAGUUUAUGUUAGCUAUGUCUGUUUCAAAGGCAAAGGUGAGCAUACAGUAAAGCCAUCUCUGCAGAUUGACAGUUAUCAACAGAGUUCAUUAUGCUACAUUCCUUAGACGAGGGGUAGGCAAGGGGGUGCCCCCCAGAUGUGGUUGGAUUCCAGCUCCCAUUUGCCCCAGCUAGUAAGGGCAGCGGUCGCUGCUAAUAAUAAUAAUAAUAAUAAUAAUAAUAAUAAUAAUAAUAUUAUUUGUACCCCGCCCAUCUGGCUGGAUCUCCCCAGCCACUCUGGGCGGCUUCCAAUGAAGAUUAAAAAUACAUUAAAAUGAUGGGAGUUGUACACAAACAACAUCUGAAGGGUACCAGGUUGGCUAGCCUUGCCUCAGUUCUCUAAUCAGGUUUAGGUGCCAACUUCUAACAUUACACUUGUCUGAAAUGAGACCCCUUAGUUCCUUGGAUUGGGGUGAGGCUACAGACAGGCAAAUUUCUACGAUUUACUAUUGCAAGUAAGAACUGGCAGAAGCACCUUGUUUUCUGCAGGCUCAACUUUCUCAAAUACAUUCACAACUCAUAUUAAGAGAGCAGUGCUUUGCAGGAAACCUUGUAAAUUCUUUCAAUCCUGAUUUAUUUUGAUUUUGAAUUCCUUUAGGUGUAUCAAGAGGAAAUAAACUUAAGCUGAUGCUCCAAAGACGGGAAGGUAAGUUUUCUGUCUCCAACUUGUGGCUCUUUCUGCCUCAGCUGUUACUUGCCAGAAAAACAGCAGCUAACUCAAACCAGAGCCCCACCUUCUGCCCAUAUCUUGGGUCUGUUUCAGAAGAAGUGGGAGAAAUUUUCAAGGGAUUAAAUGGUUUGUAAAAAGAGGGACACUUCAUUUCCCACCUGUCUUUCCCCUUGUGCACUGUCCCAUUAGGGACUGUGGGAAAGACCAGGUCAGUGAAAGUCAAAUGCACCCUUCAAUCUAAUUUUUACAGGCUUUGAUGACCACUGUUGCAAGAAAUCAGAGGAAGACAGAACAUGUAGUUCUAGGCUCUUGUCUGGGGUCAUCCUUCAUAUGCCAGUACAAUACCCAGGGAUACUUCACCGCAGUUGUCCAGUAUCACAGUUCUCAUAAGAAAAUAAAAAAAUUCCUUCUAGUAGUACCUUAAAGAGACCAACUAAGUUUGUUAUUGGAAUGAGUUUUCGUGUGCAUGUGCACUUCUUCAUGCACACGAAAGCUCAUACCAAUAACAAACUUAGUUGGUCUCUAAGGUGCUACUGGAAGGAAUUUUUUUAUUUUGUUUCGACUACGGCAGACCAACACGGCUACCUACCUGUAACUACCUGUUCUCAUGUUAUGUUUGAUAUACAGUAUAUGUGCUUGUCACACAAAGCAACACAGAAUUUAGCAUGCAAAGUUGCGUAACAGAUCCAUAUGCAAAGGUUUUAUACAUUUUGAUCUUCAGAAUGGAUUAUGUGUUUUAUUUAUUGUUGUUUAUAAGCCAUGGGUAGGCAAACUAAGGCCCGGGGGCUGGAUCCGGCUGAAUCGCCUUCUAAAUCUGGUCUGCGGACGGUCCAGAAAUUUUUACAUGAGUAGAAUGUGCCCUUUUAUUUAAAAUGCAUCUCUGGGUUAUUUGCGGGGCCUGCCUGGCGUUUUUACAUGAGUAGAAUGUGUGCUUUUAUUUAAAAUGCAUCUCUAGGUUAUUUGUGGGGCAUAGGAAUUUGUUUCCCCCCCAAAAAAAAUAUAGUCCGGGCCCCGCAAGGUCUGAGGGACAGUGGACCGGCCCCCUGCUGAAAACGUGUGCUGACCCCUGUUAUAAGCAUUGAAGGGUACUUAAGAGCAGGGCUGAGGAGCCUAUAGAGUAUAGACCCUUCAGGUCUUUGGACCCCCAACUCCUACCAGCCCCUUCCACCUGUCAAUCCAAAACAUGUAAUUGAUCCCUGCUUGCGACAAGUGACGUUAUCUAGAGUAAGCAACCUUUAGGUUAAACCGUUCCUGUGUUUGCUGUCUCUUGCAUUUCAGCUCCUGUUCCGGUUAAGGCAGAUGUGUCUGUCAAAGAAGAUAAGGCCAAGGAGUUUUUGAGCAGCUUGAAACGUCAGAAGCGGCAGCUGUGGGACAGGAGUCAACCAGAUGUACAGCAGUGGUACCAGCAAUUUCUCUACUUAGGCUUUGAUGAAGCAGUAAGUGGCAACGUUUUCUGUUUUGGAACACCCAAAAAGGCAACUCACUGAAGCCCCCUCCGAUGGUUAUGUCAAUUAAUUUACUUUUUAUUAUUGUUUUUGUCGUCUUCGCAUGAAACAGGGUUUAUUUUCCUUUCAGAUAGAAGCAGGCAUGGUCUGGAAAGGGGAGUUUUCUAGUGGUUAACUUGGGUCUGAUUAUGUGAAGUUCAUUGAAGCAGGAAUGGGAUAGUCCACCCCAGCUCUUAGAACAGAACUAGGAAACCUGAUCUGGGUCAGUGGCCAGAUCGUCAUCUUCCUUACCCUUCAUGAGUCAGAUUGGACGGAUGGAUGGCACUACCCACCUGUCAGUCAUAUGACAUCACCCUGCACUGCUUGCAAAUAGUUUGGUGCGGGUUAAAAUGUGCUUUGAGAUUCCAGGUACCUACUGCCCAUCAUCCAUCUAAGAUGUCAGAUUUCUGAUUUUGAACACACAACACCUAAUAACACUGUCAGAGAAGGGCAGGUCGAUGUGUUUUCCUCCUUUUAAAGGAAACAGCAGUUGACCUGAUGACUUUAAUGUAGAAGACAACUGACAGCACCACAGAGAUAAGACUGGCAAUCUUGUGGCCCAUUUUCUCAAGGAAAGCAACAAUUUUACAACUUUGUAUAUACACAACAGGAAGUAAAAGAUACAACUUUUGCACUGUUCAAUGCUAUCUUUAGUAGUAGCAUUGGCAGUUCCCGCUUUUUAAAAAGAAAAUGUAACAAUAAAGGGAAACUUUUGGAUAGUUUUCUUCUAAAUAUUGUGUGGAACAAAACUUAAUACAGAUUUUGCUCUGGGGAUUUAUACAGCAAUUUGGUACCACAUAUUAAAAUGCAGCAAUGUAUUGCCUGAAUGUACUGUAGCACCUGAAUAUGGCAAAGGAAAAUUUAUUGAGUUUCAUGGUGGUUGUGUGGUUUUGCUAGACUGGAGAGAUAUUCUAACAGUAGCUCAAAUAUUGAGGCUAGGAAAACUACAAAAAUGUAAACUACUAUAUAAUUUACUUACCUUUAAAUCUCUUUUUAAACAAUUGUGAAUCAAAAGUAUUCAUAAACCUGGGCAGAUAAAUAGAUCCAGUUGCUUUUCUUCAUAAGUAACAAGGCACAUUGUGCUUUAUUUAAAGAUAUCAUAAUUUGGAUUACAAACAAACAAAACUGGCAUCCUUUCAUAGCCAUAAACAUUAAUGAGAUUGUUUUCUUUGGAGUGAUAUAGCAUCAUCAUAGGCUAAGAGCAGUGAAAUGAGGUACUACUGUAAUAAGAAGUGAUAAAAUAUACAGCAAACAUUUUGAGGGUUUGGGAUAUAGGUCAGAUUUUGAAGUAGAGUUGAUUUUAUAGAAUUUCAGAGUUCAAGUUAAUAUGUGAAACUAAAGUUUUGAAACCUCUCUGAGCUAGGUAAAUUGUUGAAAACAGUAUCACUCUUCAUGUCUAGGAAUUUUAAAUUGGUACAAAGUGCUUAAAUACAGGGAGGUUUUUAAUUUAAUGUGAAUAUUGUGCAAAAUGGGUGCCAGUCUAGAGCGGUGAAAAUGAGUCCUCAGCACACGUGAUGCUGGAUAAGCAUAGGCUCAUAGAAUUGUAGAGUUGGGAGAGACCCCGAGAGUCAUCUAGUCCAGCCCCCUCCAAUACAGGAAUAUUUUCCCCAGCAUGGGACUCGAACCCAUGACCAAGAUUAAGGGUUUCAUGCUCUUACUGACUGAGCUAUCAGCAUGAUCAGGCUGUGGGUUAUGUUUUCAAAUGUGAAAGAUUGUGCAGGCUUCUAAUCAUUUUUAAUGGUUUGGUUUUUUUAAAAUCCUAAAGCUUUGUUUUGUUUCUUCUCAGACCCGUAACAAAAAAAUAUUAUUCUGCACUGCAUAUAAAAGAAUUGCAUGCAUAAGUUGAUUUGGGUAACAGUAUGAAUAAGAGAGAAACCUUCCAGUGCAAUACAGGAAGUUGUUACUAUUUACAAAGGUGCUGAACCCUUUGUAUGGCGAAGUUGCAGCUAGUAGCUAAUUGCUACCACUUUUUUUUUUCUUGUAUGCAGAAAUUUGAAGAUGAUGUCUCCUACUGGUCAAACCUAGGCCGCAGUGGCCAUGAAUAUUACGGUGGUUAUUACCAUCACCAUUAUGAUGAAGACGCACCUAUUGGCCCACGAAACCCACAUACUUUUAGGCAUGGAGCAAGUGUCAAUUAUGACGAUUAUUAAUCUCAUCUUUCCUUCUCUGGAUUAGAAUGCCAGGAAGACGGAUACCGCCCAAAGGUGCCUCUUACGCUUCUUUGAAAUUAACUAGUUUGUUAUAAACAUUAAUAACAAAAAAAAAAGUUAUGGAACGUUUUUAUAUCCACUCAGUAGCAUAACAUGUAUAAACGUUAGCAUUAAAAUUUCUUGAUAAGUAUUCCUCCCAGUACUUUUGGUGAAAUUAUUGUAAGACAGCAUGGUUACCUUAUGAAAUUUCAGUUAUCUUGAAGGACAGCAGGUGGCAUAUGGCUUUGGUAAAAUCAAUGUGCCCCCCCAAAAGUGUGAAUUGAUAAUCAGACUCUAAACAUUCAUAUACCGGCAGAAACAAUUGCUUACAGGGUUGCAACAGGAACUUAAGAGCCUGUUGGAUCAGGCCACUGACCCAUUUAGUCCAGCAUCCUCUUCUCACAGUGACCAACCUCCCAGAUGACUAUGGCGCACCCGCAAAGGGAACUUGAGCACAACAACACUCUCCCCUCUUGUGGUUUCCAGCAACUGGUAUUAAGAAGCAUACUUACUAUGGAGGUAGGACUAUCUUCCAUGAGUUUGUCAAAUCCUAUUUUUAAAGAUGUCCAAGUUGGUGGCCCUCAAAAUAGUAAAUGUAAAUGUAAAGGGACCCCUGACCAUUAGGUCCAGUCGUGGCCGACUCUGGGGUUGCGGUGCUCAUCUCGCUUUAUUGGCCGAGGGAGCCGGCAUACAGCUUCCGGGUCAUGUGGCCAGCAUGACUUAAGCUGCUUCUGGCGAACCAGAGCAGCGCAUGGAAACGCCAUUUACUUUCCCGCCAGAGCUGUACCUAUUUAUCUACUUGCACUUUGACGUGCUUUCGAACUGCUAGGUGGGCAGGAGCAGGGACCGAGCAACGGGAGCGCGCCCCGUCACAGGGAUUCAAACCGCCGACCUUCUGAUCGGCAAGUACUAGGCUCUGUGGUUUAAACCACAGCGCCACCUGCGUGCCUUGGCCCUCAAAAUAGUUUGUCUUUAAUCCUCCAAGUUAGCACGUUAGCACCAAGUUAUACUGUUAUAAUAAUGUUCUACUACUUUAAAUCAAACAGUACAAUACUUUUCCUGUAGGGAUUUUGCAUUAUAACUAAAUUAGGGGAAUAUGAAUGAGUAAUGUGUUAAUUAGUACUGCAAAUAGCAAUGUAGUUUCCUCUGUUUGCUAUAGUGCAGAAAAAAAUGGACCAGGCUAUAUAAACCGUAAGUGCCUACUUAACUCAUUUAAAAUCAUGAAAUUAUCUUUGACUAGGUUGUACUUUAUGAAAAGAAUUGCUUACAACCUUAUACACUGUUACUACUCAAGACGACCAGUUACUGAAAGAAAGAGAGACCACCAAUGUAAGUUUUCUGUAACUCUGUCAAUAUGCGUGAAGGUGCAACAAACAGCUGCAGCAUUCUUAUAUGAAAAACUGAUAUUUGUAAGUUUCAAUAUUUUAUUAAAAUAGCAUAUUCAACCACUGGUAACCAAUAAUACAUUAACUUUCCCCCAGAUUGUGCACAACACAGUAGUGAUUUAAAAUAGCAUUUAUCCAUGAAAGUCAGUGAAAAUAUUUUCAAAUUCAAGUGUGCAACUAGAACUAAACAUUUGGGGGGAGAAAACCCAAUUUCAAAAGAAUACAUAAAGCUCUCAUACAGAAUUCUUUUUAUUAUAAUCCUAUAAUACUAGAUGCCAGUGUUUUCAAUCAUCUGACAAUACUGCUUGCUCUUUUUUUUCUUUAUGCAUAGUAUCUCUCAUUUAAAGUACCCACUUUUUAUAAAUAAAUUGGCAUUUUCCCAUCCCAUCUGCAGCUUCACAAAGAAACCAGUAAAUAAAACUGUCAAGGACAGUCACAACAAAAUGAUCUCACAGCAAGAUAUAAAAACUUGAAGAUACUAAAAAAAGGAUGCUUCUAUCCUAUUUUACAUAAAAAGACAGAUUUAAAAAGUGCAAGGCAAAGAUUGCAGUUUUCUUAUUUAGGCACAUCCACUUCUUUAAAGCAAGCUUCAGAGUGAAAUUUCCAGUUUUUCUUCAUGAUACCUGUUUCAGAAGUCUUUUUAACAAAAGACAAAUUAUACCUUUCAAACACAAGGAAAGGUUUUCAAUUCCUUUCCGACUUAAAGAGUUUUUAGUUAUGUCUGGUUCUUCCUUUUUUUAUCCUGGCAGGUUUUGGUUUAGGAAUAUAUUGAUUAUUUGCUUGAUAUUCCAAUUCUUUGCGAAAGUAAUGAAUUGCUUUAUUUAAGCCUUCUUCCAACGGGACCUGUUACCAAAGAGAGAUACAGCCGAAUGAGUCAAGUUAUAAAAGUGCUUAUUUGCUCAUUGUGAUUGUCAUAAGUAUGUCAAACAGGGUUAUUUAUUUAAUUUGCUUAAUGCAUUUAUAUCUCACCGUUCCUCCAAGGAGCUCUAGGUGGUGCAUUUACAGAUACUUCACCAAAUAACUUAAGAGAGCAUUUGCAUCCAGUGGCAAUUUCCGCGAAAACUUAGUAGCUCUGUCAAUUGGCCUGUUCAUACCUUAAAAUCUAUGAAGCAGGAAGGAGGGUUUUCCCCCAGCUUGAAUGGUGUCCUGGCACCUUUCAGAGAGGGUCUCCUCAUGAGUUGGAGGUGCAGCAGGGCUUUGCUGAGGAUUUUCAGCAAAACAGGCAGGCAGGGGAAGCCUGUGAAGGUACUCUACCAUCUGCCUCCCUGGCCUGAGAAAGUGGGGCAGGCCGCCUCUUUUCCUGAUCAAUGGGGGUGGAGAUCAUGAGUGAAGGAGUAGCCCAAACUCAAUCCCUUCCACCCCAUGUGAUCUCAAGAGAGUUCACGGGGUCGGGGAGCAGGCUGCUCCUUCGCCCGCACGUGUCUGGGCUGGAUGGCAAUUGCCUGCCUUCUCCUGAGCAGGUUCGCUGCACCUUUCCUCUUAGGGAGACCAAAUGCAUCAAGAGGAAAGGCUCAGGCAAGCACUACAGAGCCUGAGAUUGUAUGAGUGGCAGGGGGAUCAGGCAUGCGGGCAAAGGAACAUUUCCAUCACCCCCGCAAUCUCCCCUGCCUCCACCACAGUUGCCUCCUGGGGAAAAGAGGAAGACAGACCAUGCAAAGCCGGCUGAGGCAGCACUGCAAACAGAGCAUGAUAGAGCCUGGCUCUCGAGGAGACACACACACCCCAGCCCAAAGAUGGGCUCUGGGAUGGGUCUUCUCAGAGAGGUGCAUUCCCACACCUUUGGGACUGGGGGGGGGGGAAAGCAUUGGAGGUAGGUAACUGGCAAUCCUUAAGUACAACAUUCUCAAUUGGCCCUUCUGACUUAUUCCUCCUCUACAUUAUUAGCAAAAUAUGGAGGUGGAGAGAGGCACACCUCCCUCUUCUAUUUCUUCCGCUUUUACUGGACUACAACUCCCAUCAUCCCUGGCCACGGGGGAAAAGAGAAGAAGAAACUGCUAUGGCAUGAGUUUGGGACCUCUUCAACUUGUGUCCGCAGUGAAAUCUGGCAGUAACCAUAGACUAGAGUACUGCAUUCAUCAAAGUGAUAAAAGUUGCAAAACUGUGGAGUGUGUUGGAAGUAUCACAAUCUCCAGGCACCACCUCUUCCAAUAGCUUAAGGCAGGAGUGAAGAGUUCCUAUAGGAAUUUGUAAAGCUACCUGGAAGAUGGUAAGUUGGGUUCCGAAAGUUCUCCCUGAGGAGAACUGGUGGGUUUUGAGGGCAUAAUAAGUGGAAUGCCCAACUUUGCCAUACCUACCUUUUUGUACCUCUUUCAGCAGAUCCAGUUUACUUCCUGCCAUUUCCUAUGUUGCAGGGGCACUUGCUCACAGAUAAUGAAAAAUGCGACUGGCAAAAUGAAUAAUCAAGCUCCCUCAGAAUUUUUGGACUGUUACUCACUGGAAUAAACUGGAGCUAGGAUUGCAGCAAUUAUCUAUUCUGAGUAAGGAAUUCUCAGUCUCUUGCUCCAAUACUUUUCUGUUUCUUCUGCCUACUUACAAAAUAUGCAGCCUAGAAACAAGUUAGCUGCAAGCCAAAACUCAGAAGUAAACCUCAACGGGCGUUAUUUGUGUACAGAAUGCACCACUGAACUACUGCCCUUUUAUUAUUUUAUUUAGGUAAUUUAUAACCUGCUCUUCAUUAAAUCAACACCAGGGUGGGGUACAACCUAAGGAAGCUCUCUGAAAAAAUCAAAACCACAACGAUGAUAAAUUAUACAUGUAAGAAUGUGUCUGAACUAAGGCAGACAGAUAUUUGUUGCACACCUCUAGCGUUUACUCCCCACUGAACUAUAUAGUACAAAACUAUACUAGCUUCUGGGGGGGAGGAAUAGCAGAGCUUCACACAGGCUUAAUUUCAAACCUACACCCAACCUGCAUGCACACACACACACACACACACACACACACACACAGCAUUCUACUUUCCUACGAGGCAGUGCUACUGCUAAGAAAAUGGAUGUUAAGGAUUCUCAAGGCAUCUCCGUCCGAAAGGUAGAAAGCACCAUUAAUCAUUACCACUCUAUAAUGACCUACUGUUCAAUAAAACUUGUUUCAGUGGGAGCAGAGUCAGAUCCACAAACACACAUUUUCCUUCACUGCCUUUGUUAAAAUCACUUUCGCUCUCAAGGGCCCCUGCUUAUUUGCUCUAGAUUUAACUAGCUUAGCUGUUUGUUUUAAAGAUGAAUACCAGACGUGUGGCUAUUAUCUAUCAAGGAGCAGCAGCAAUAUUGAUUUUUUGGGGGUGGGGGUGGGGGUGGAGAAGAACUCUUCCCAAAAGGAGGUAGCACAUCAUGGAAGGAAUUUCAUUAGAUUUGCCCUGCACAGCAAGGAACACAGAGCAUUAUUCAUUUCUUGAUGGUGUUGCCUUUCAAAAAUAUUUGCACAUAACACUGUUAACUCUAGAAUUACAUACCACAGGUUCCCAACCAAGUAGUAACUUGGCUUUCCUGAUGUCAGGCUUCCUUUUCUGAGGGUCAUCUUGAGCUUCUGACAGAAACUGGAUUUCACUUCCGCUGCCUGCCAAAAAACAACACCAAACUCGCAAAUAUUACAAAGCUACAUUGGUUUCUGGUGAUCGACUAACAGUUUCAGAAGUCUGAAACAAAUCAAAACAGGUAGUUUUCAAAUGUCCCCCUAUACAGCACAUGUUUUCCAAGACAGGCUGAAACAAAGGCUUCACACACCUACAACUCCCCUAAACUAUGGUGUACAAAGUCAAGAGACCACACAGGUCCAGUGCAGUUAUAAUGCAGCCCCAUCAUCCUUGCAGUUGGAAACCCAGUAAGUCCAACCUAGCAUUAAGCGCAAGUAACAGUUCAGGCAGAAAGUAGCUUCCUUGUCCACUCCUCCUGAUGCACCCCUAAAAAUGUUCCACUGAGGUUUGGGGUACCCUGCUAAGUAAGUGGGCUGGGCUGAGGUACAGGGGUGCACCAUCAUGGAAGCUUAGCUGGCUGCAAGCCAGUGUUCUGUGGGCACACAAUCUCUUCUGCCCAUGUAAAUACUUCUCCUUCCUUCCUUUUAUCCUAAGUCCCAUCCAGCUGUUCUAAUUUCUCAUCUGCUGAGGUAAGAGAAUUGAUGAGAGGGCUGGAGUUGCCCCAUGUCCCCAGUAAUUCCUGCUACCCUUCAUAAAGUUGGAAAGAUAACUUCUGAAGCAGAAAGUAUACUAUUUGCAUACUGUAAUACAGUGGUACCUCGGGUUAAGAACUUAAUUCGUUCCGGAGGUCUGUUCUUAACCUGAAACCGUUCUUAACCUGAAGCACCACUUUAGCUAAUGGGGUCUCCUGCUGCCGCCACUACACGAUUUCUGUUCUCAUCCUGAAGCAAAGUUCUUAACCCGAAAUAAUAUUUCUGGGUUAGCGGAGUCUGUAACCUGAAGCAUAUGUAACCUGAGGUACCACUGUAUUCUGAAUUGCACAAGGUGUUAACAGCUGCCCCUGUUCAGCCAUUUGCCUCAGGCAUGUAAAAAGUGGUGUGGAGGAAGCAAGUAUGCGUUUUCUCACUCGUACCUCAUGUGAUUCCAAUAGUGUGGGGAAUCAAAACACCCUAAUAGGGCAAUAGCAUUAUUUACCAUUAAUAUUUAUUGGUCGCUUUCCUCACAAAAGUGACCCAAAGCAACUUAAAAGUAUACCAACCAACCAAUAAAAAAACUACUAUGAAGUUAGGCCUUACAGAACUAAGAGAGGCCCCCAAAUCCCUGAAACCUUUCAAAUUACAGGCCAAAAGCCCAGGUAAAAUGGGAAGGUUUUGCCUGCUACCUUAAAAAGAUAAAAAGCUGGCACCAGGCAUGCAUGUAUCUCUCAUAAUUUCCCUCAUUAUGACUCCAGCUCAAAGUCUGCAACCAAGCAGAAGUGGCUUCCUUGCAGCAGGGUUGCUGCUGCUUACUGGUGCGCCAACUUCGCGGGCACUACCUUUUGGUUAAGAAGCACUGUUGGGAAGUUAGUGUUGCAGCUCCACCCACCAGGUGAACCUCUUCUCCACUCAUGCCGUUCUACUGGAUAAACCCCAACGGGUACAAGUAUGCAAGCUGUUCCAAGUUUGUUCAGGGCAAUUAUAUGUCAUACUUACCAACGAGUUUCUUAAUUAACUGGGCAAACUCUAAAAUAGAGUGUUCUUCUGGAUUCCCCUAAGGAUAUAAGAAGCACCAUUAAAAUGACAUUUUACCAAAAAAAAAAAAAAAAAAAGAGCUUUAUUUUGAAAUAAGGUAACUAGCAAAUAAAAGGACUAGAUCAGGCACAGGCAAACUCGGCCCUCCAGCUGUUUUGGGACUACAACUCCCAUGGUCCCUAACAGGACCAGUGGUCAGGGAUGAUGGGAACUGUAGUCCCAAAACAUCUGGAGGGCCAAGUUUGCCUAUGCCUGGACUAGAUCCUAACUUUUGUGCUGUGAACAGGAUGUGGUUUCCUGCCUCCCCCUUCUCUCUGCAGCCUCCUGUGAAGAGCUGUCUUGAGAGUGGGAGUGAACAAACCCUCACGAACAGAAUGGCAAUUGUGUGAGGUGAUACUCAACGGGGAGGAGGAAUAGCUAGAUGACCGUGAUUCCCCACUCCUUAUGCAAAUGGAAGAACCCACCACACACCAGCAACCUUCGACCAAAAAUGACGUCACUAGUUGUUACCACAUUUCAAAGCAGGAGUAAAAGCCCAUAGGUAAUAUUUACAAACAUGAGUCUAAACUGCUUAAGGCAAUUUCUGUUUCCGUAAUACAAUCCUGGGAGAAGAAACUCAGGUGGGGAAAGUCACAGUGUGGAAUCUGACAAUGCAUUAAGAUCUUUCCACCAGUGCAAGCCAUUCUGCUUGCCGGAUGGAACAACCUCUGCUCUCUUCACCCCACAUACUGUCCUGGGGGUUCUCCUGACCCCUAAGAGUGGACUUGGGGGGUGUGCAUGGGUCACACGAGGUGGGGGAAGCCCCAUUGUGCCAGCAUGUGCCCUUGUGGCUGUUUCUGCUAGUGCACUGGGUUAGCUGAAUCUAGCUCAGUCUCUAGCAUUACAUAUGCCGACGUCAACACGCUGCAACGCAGAACUGAACUUAUAAAUUCUGGCUUGCAAAGGCUUCGCUCAUGAUCAAAAGCCGAUAGUAUCUGAAGAGGAGGAAGAAUGCCAGUAAAUUCACAAUGCCGAUUGUUCUCAGUGUGCUGAGCAUGUUUGUGGCAAAAGGAGGAAAAGGAGGGAGGGUACAUCACUACCAUUAUUCUCAGAACUUCAUAAUGCCAAACGUUUCUCACAUGACUGGAUUCAACGGAUUAGGAGAAUGGGCACGUAAUUCCAACACAGGGUCUUAGACUUAGAUCAAUGAGAAAAAAGGAAAGAAGAAAACCACAUGCUUACCAAGUUAACAGGACUGCUGACAUUGCUGUUCAUUAAGGCCACCAGCCCAUUCACAAGGUCGCUGGAAAAACAAAACAAUACAUGACAACACAGCUUGAGCAGGCUUACUUCCUCACGUGUUUUACAGCCUGACUGUCCAAAAUGCUGAUUUUAGGGGGGAAACCGUGCGGCAGCAACUUUAACAGCCUUAGGUGGGCUUCUAGCAGAGCACAUUAUGCACUGGAGCAAUGAAUUUCUGCCUUAUCCAUUUCCAUACAGUACAGUGGUGCCUCGCAAGACGGAAAACCCGCUAGACGAAAGGGUUUUCCGUUUUUCAAUGCGCUUCGCAGGACGAAUUUCCCUAUGGGCUUGAUUCGCAAGACGAAAAUGUCUUGCGAGUCUUGAGAUUUUUUUUGCUUCCCCCCCCCUUUCUAAGCCGCUAAUAGCCUUUUAGCCGCUAAUCCGCUAAGCCUUUAAUAGCCGCUAAACCGCUAAUAGCACUAAUCCGCUAAGCCGCUAAUAGGGUUGCUUCGCAAGACGAAAAAACCGCUAGACGAAGAUACUCGCAGAACGGAUUAAUUUCGUCUUGCGAGGCACCACUGUACCAAGCAGCAGGCGAAAACAAGAUGCAUUCAAGUAGCGCAUUGAAGGAACCAUGUGAACAGUUCACAUCCAAUUUAAAAGUACUAAAAACUGAUUUACUUGACCACAAACACAAUCUGUGUCUGCCCUCUACUUAAGUAUGCAGUGUUCAUUAAUCUGGGCAGAGAAUUCCAGUAGUACUGAUUUGUUGUUUUUUAAGAAAACUGCGCUUUCAUGUCUUUGUAGCACUAAAUUUGGGCAUGUGCAGGAUGGGACAAAUACUGCUACUCAGCUACAAACCUAGGGAAAUCUGGCUGCCCUCUCCUCCACCUCAGUUUCCAAAUUAAUCAAGCUGCCGCUGAAUAACAAUAAUCAACUAAAUGAUUUAAAACCUCCGGAAAAGUCGUAUUUGACUGUAGCAGAAUUUUAUUAUUAUUAAAGUUUUUUUAUAUAUAUACAGCAAGAUAGAAAUGGGAGGGAGGAGAAAAUAGGGGACUAUAGCAGCACUUUAAAGGUUAAGCAAUCUACUGUGCCUUUUGUAGACUAGAGCCUUCCACCAUUGUCAGUGCACUAUCAUCUUAAAAGCCCCGUUGGCUCAAAUCACUGGUUUCUAAAUACAAAUUGCAUAUCCAUUGUGCAAACACAAGAUGGCAGCAAUGGACCGAGUCCUCUAACACGAUCAUUUUUCAACCCAGAAAUAUAAACUACUGUCUUCUGAAAACCUGCACUUCGGAUUUCAGACUGCUAAGGCAGCUAUUUCCUACUUUAGUGUCUGCUAUUCUGUUUUUAACAAAAUUUGACGUUUAUUCAGCACCACAGUGGCAUUCAAGACACUGGAAAAGCAGAAGAUACUGGAAGGAGUAGGAUAGUGCUGGGUUUUUAUUGUAACCAUCAGUAGGAAUCCUAAUCUGCGUAAAUGAUGUAAUUGGGGUUUUAUUUGUAUCCUGCCUUUCUCCCGGUGCAUUUUAAAGCUUACAAAGCUGGGAUAUGCACCUAUCUGUGUCACCUUAUGUGGACAGAAGUUCUGCCAGAGUAUGCUCUGCAUUGCAGGGGAUCCUGGGUUCAAACCAUGGCUUAUCUUGCUAAAAAGGAUCUUUGGGGUGAUGUGAGAGACUUUUGCCCAAGACCCCGCAGAGCCAUUGCCAGUCAGUCAGAUUAGAUAAUACAGAGAGGUGGAACGAUUGCAGCUUCUUAAAACUCAACGAGGCAAAAGGACGUUUGCUGAAACAGGACUAAGGUUUCCAGUGUUGUCCGCAGCCCCUUUUUCUGACAUUAGCCUCAGUGGGACGAAGGCUAUCAUAUGUCCAGUUGUCAAGAGGCAGGCAGAGCUAGAAGGAACUCCAAAUCCAAAUUUCUCCCAACGGUUUAUGGUUCUAAACGCAUUGUUUUUUCAGGCCAGGACCAAGGUAUUAAUGUUGUUCUGGGCAUAAUUUUGUGGGAGUCAUCAGGCAACAAGUGAUGAUGAUGAUAUUGCAUCAUUUUUUUCUUAACAUUUACACUGCUGUACCUAUGCUGUUUUCAAGUCAAUGUCUUUUUCUUUCAUUCAGAACUACCUAUGUGCCCAUUGAUAAAAUGGCAGCACAAAAAAUGGAACCGCGAUUGAUCAUGCAAUUGCAUCAAGAUUCCCUUUUUGCAUGCCGAUCUAAUCGAAUACAUACAAGUAUUUGCAUGCAUCAGAAGCUAAUGAGAAAGGGGGGGGUGCAGAGGAAGGCAUGAACUGAAUACCACAUUAAAAAAACAACAGCAACCCUGUGUACAUGCCAAUUACAAAAGUAACUGAAGAGAUUGUCCAAGUUAAAUCAGAAAGCAGGUGAAACACAGGAAACCCACAGAGCUCUUAAGGAGGCUUAUUUCUAACUGAAUUGUGCAGAGAAAAAGGCCUGCUCACACAAAGAGUCAACUUGAGUUAUGGGAUGGAGAAAUAAACUCAGUGUAACAUUGCACGGUCCCAUUCAUGAAACAAAAAGAAUUCACUACUCCCACGCGAGUAGUGCUUUUCACAUAAGUAGUGCUUUUGCACAAUCCAGUCUCAGAAUCCACUGGACAGCAGCUGUUUUGUGAUGCACACUAAAAGUUUAAGCAGGGUCUCUACUAUGGAUUCAAAUUAUUCUACCUUUUCCAAGCUUUCAAUGCAAGGAAGAGGCAUUGGGUUUGAAAGGUCACAGACUGCUACCCUUUAUGUUCUGGUUUUUAAGAUAGAAGAAAUCACUGGUUUCACACAUUGGGAUAAUGGGCUGCAAGCUGUAAGGGCUGAGAAAUACUGAUCUGUAGACUUGGGAUAGUUAACAAUGCAGAGGAAACAGCAAAAAGUAAACAUUCUGACAUCACUGCAUGACUAAUGUUGAAAUACGCUUUUCUCUUCCCCAGAACUCCACAUUCAUUCUUCUUCUUUUUUUGUUCAGUGUCCCUUCCUCAGGUAUACUGAAACAAGGAAGGUGAAACAAACGUACCUGACAUACUGAAAUGCUCUGGUUUGAGUCCCAGGCCCAUAUACCUAGGGGGAAAUAAAAUAAAAUGAGUAUUACUGAUAAGAAGUAUCAAUAUGUCCAUCACUUUUACUGAUAAACACAUAACUCCUCUCCAAUUCCUUUGUGACAAGUGUGUUGAGUGCAAAAUCUGUCCUGGUCUGAUCUAUAAUUUGAUUAUCUAUGGCUAGAUGCACAGGUUAAACUAGCUCAUAUACACCUCACAAACAUUUUGAUAGUCAUAGGUAAAGGGACCCCUGACCAUUAGGUCCAUUCGUGGCAGACUCUGGUGUUGCGGCGCUCAUCUCGCUUUAUUGGCAGAGGGAGCCAGCAUUUGUCCGCAGACAGCUUCCAGGUCAUGUGGCCAGCAUGACUAAGCCGCUUCUGGCAAACCAGAGCAGCGCACAGAAACACCAUUUACCUUCCCGCCAGAGAGGUACCUGUUUAUCUACUUGCACUUUGACGUGCUUUCGAACUGCUAGGUUGGCAGGAGCUGGGAGAGCAGUGGGAGCUCACCCCGUCGCAGGGAUUCGAACCACCGACCUUCUGAUCUGCAAGUCGUAGGCUCUGUGGUUUAACCCACAGCGCCACCCGCGUCCCCCAUUGAUAGUCAUAGGGUGGCAUAAAUGAGUCUCACCAAGCAGUCUUGUAUCCAGAGUUUGGCCAGAUCCAGACUGAUCUAGCUACAGAUUUUAUUUCCCUUUCCCUUUUCCCUUUCCUUUUCAUAGCAUCGCUGCACCAAGUUUUUCUCCACCAUCUUUAAUGUUCCACUUACAAAACAAUGUUCCACUUACAAAACAACAUUGUUGUUUUUUUAAGAAAAGGAAGAGUAUAUUCCAGUUCAUAUGGAAUGAAUUUUAUUUUUGUUUUGUCAAGUGGAAGGGAACAGAUCUUUGUAUAUGGGUUGACAAAAGGAAACAAGAUUUGAAGUCAUUCCCUGCGCCUUUGCUGACGGUUUGCAGAGUUGGAAGAAUUCGCACCCUUUUUCUUUUCCUGGGGCUAGCUGAGCGACUGGUAACAUCAGUUUGUGCCCUAGCAACAGUCUUCUGAAAACACACACAGGCUACAAGAGCCCUGCUUGUACACUGUUGUUUGCCAGAAAGCAAAGCGUGCCAAUCUUCUGUGGUUCUCUGGAAUAAAUCUCAUGAGAUUUUACUGCUCUUCAAAAUGCACAUCAAAAUAUCUUUGCAGGAGAGCCCUCCUGAAAAAAAGCUUGUUAUUGACUUUACGACACAUUCCAGCUCUGUCCUACUAAUAUAAAGUAUUAAUGUAACAACUGGUCAUGAAACUAAUCCACUAUGGUCACUAAGUUAAAAAAAACAACUUAACAGGAAGUUUCAUUUUCUUAUUUUUACUGGGUGGUACCCAAUAGUGUUGUAGGGACGCGGGUGGUGCUGUGGGUUAAACCACAGAGCCUAGGACUUGCAGAUCAGAAGGUCGGUGGUUCGAAUCCCCGCGACGGGGCUAGCUCCUGUUGCUCGGUCCCUGCUCCUGCCAACCUAGCAGUUCGAAAGCACAUCAAAGUGCAAGUAGAUAGAUAGGUACCACUCCGGCGGGAAGGUAAAUGGAGUUUCUGUGCGCUGCUCUGCUCUAGUCAUGCUGGCCACAUGACCUGGAAGCUGUAUGCUGGCUCCCUUGGCCAAUAAAGCGAGAUGAGUGCCGCAACACCAGAGUCGGUCACGACUGGACCUAGUGGUCAGGGGUCCCUUUACCUUUACCUUACCCAAUAGUGUCAACUUGACGGACAGAAAGCAUCUGUCUGUGGGAGACCAAUUCCCCCUAGUUCCUCCCUUAAAUCUGCUCUAAGCAUCCAGGGAGCCCUGAACAGAUUUAGGGAGGAAAAUCUUCAAAGGUUGUCCCCUUCCAUAUUGUAUUGAUGGAUGCCUCUCAUCAGCAGAACCACCACUGGAUACAAAAACAGUAACUCAAGCACCCAACUACCAGAUGCUAUCUCAUAACACUAGACAUGAUUAAGGACCGGUCCAACACAUACAUCCUUGCCAUUUCUUGACUGUAGCAUUAAGGGAUGGCUGGAUGCAUGAAUAGCUGUCACAGAUAAAUGACCACAGUCACAACUGCCGGGUUACCCAAUAUCAACUCAAGGUCCUUUUCAAUUGGGACAGUUCACACGUUUAGCAAAGAGGUAUUUCAUUUUGGUAAAAAAUCAACAACAGUGUACAUGCAUGUUUGAACAAGUCCUGUGUGGAAAACAAAUAAUUACACUGAAGCUCUAUUUUAACUCCUGUUGAUAGCCAAAUAAAUUAGCUGAUGUUAUGGGGUUUUUUCCAAGCAGAAUACAACUGGACAUAAAAACAGAUUUGUAUGGAAAGCUGUUUUUUAGUAUAUUUACUAAGACUGCAAUCCUAUGCACACUUACUUGAGAUCAAGUCCUAUUGAACACAGUGAGACUGCACUAUAACAGUAACUGAAGACCUGAAUCAAACGACUGUCCAUCACAAUAGUUUGAUUAUGUGGUUCAGCGCAAAUUCUUUAUCUGGAGAACUUUAAGUUCUGCACCGUUUUAAGACAUUUUAGUGAACAUACAGGACCGUUCAAGUUCAGGGUUCAGGUUCUUAAACCUACACAAUUCAUACAAAUGACAUUUCACAAAGCGACAAUUUAUUUUACUUGGGUCUUCCGCAUAAAUCCCAUGAACAGCAAUUGAGUUCAGAGGACAGGAUGGUAAAUACGUACAGUUAAGGGUUCUCCCUGAAGAGCCUGCAGGAUGAAGUUACUAACAACUCUGCCAUCAUUCAUGUGCAUCCGAGGGCCAAAAGUAUUGAAUAUUCUUGCCACUCUUACUUCUACGCCCUCCUGGAAGAAUAAGAAAAAAGCUUUUUGUUUUUAAAAAAUGCACUAAUUUUUUUUUUUAAUUCUCUAUUGCUACCCUACCCCAGACAGAAGAUGCCAGUUAACAAGACACACAAAGCCAGCUUCUGCAUUUGCUUAUGAAAAGGGGGAGAAGAAUCCCACAUUGCCGUGUUAUCUUACGAUUUUCAUGCCUCUAUGCCAGAAUAAGACAAAAACAUACCCAAAUCACUUAACGUGGUUUUAGCAUAUUCCAUACUACCUACAUAAUAUUGCUGUUCUUGGAACUGUUUCUCAGACAUCAGUCUUUACCAAGGAGGUCCUAGUUUCAACCAAAUGGGUUCCUAAUUAUUUAUUUUUCAUCUACUAGACCAGGGGUCAGCAAACUUUUUCAGCAGGGGGCCAGUCCACUGUCCCUCAGACCUUGUGGGGGUCCGGACUAUAUAUAUACAGUGGUGCCCCGCAAGACGAAUGCCUCGCAAGACGGAAAACCCGCUAGACGAAAGGGUUUUCCGUUUUGGAGGUGCUUCGCAAAACGAAUUUCCUAUGUGCUUGCUUCGCAAGACGAAAAUGUCUUGCGAGUUCCUGCGGGGUUUUUUUCCUCCCCCCCCCUUUUUCCCAAGCCGCUAAACCGCUUAUCAGCUGAUUGCUAAGCCGCUUAACAGCUGAUGCUAAGCCGCUUAUCAGCUGAUCGUUAAGCCGCUUAUCAGCUUAUCGUUAAGCCGCUUAUCAGCUGAUCCUUAAGCCGCUUAUCAGCUUAUCGUUAAACCGCUUAUCAGCUGAUCCACUAAGCCUGCUAAGCCGCUAAUACUGUAGCACUAAUCCGCUAAACUGCUAAUGGGCUUGCUUCGCAAGACGAAAAAACCCGCAAGACGAAGAGACUCGUGGAACGGAUUCUUUUCGUCUUGCGAGGCACCACUGUAUUUAAAAAAAUGAACAAAUUCCUAUGACCCACAAAUAACCCAGAGAUGCAUUUUAAAUAAAAGCACACAUUCUACUCAUGUAAAAACACACUGAUUCCCAGACCGUCCUCGGACCGGAUUUAGAAGGCGAUUGGACCGAAUCCAUCCCCUGGGCCUUAGUUUGCCUACCCAUGUACUAGACUGUCAGGUGCAUGAAACAGUUCAAGCAAACCAACAAAACUAAUAUUGCAGAGUUUGGCCUGUAAGCAAACCAUGUUUGGAACCCAAGCACUACCAGGAAUAGGAGGCAGUCUAUACCAAUUGUACAGCAUCCUUUCAUGCUAGAGAAUGUUGGAUUUUCACCAGAAUCAUUCACUCACACCACCUAAGUGAUCUUGUAUUUCUAUAUCGUGUGUUGCAGCUCUCAGGUUCCGAACGUUUUUGAUUCUGCCGGCCAAAUAUCACAAUCAUUACCUGCUUCAUAUAGGCAUAGCACAUUGUUUCGGCAACCCUCUUUCCUUCGUCGUAACAUGCUCUAGGUCCUAUGGGAUUCACGUGACCCCAGUAAUCUUCGUUUUGUGGGUGAACUUCAGGAUCUUGAGAGUGGGGGAGGGAGAAAGAGAGAGGGAGAGAGCGAUAAUGAGUUUCACUAUUCAGCAGCACAGAAAGGGUUACUAUUAAGGUACUCUCUACAGCAGCGGUCAGCACACCUUUUCAGCAGGGGGCCGGUCCACUGUCCCUCAGACCCUGUGGGGAGCCGGACUAUAUUUUAAAGAGGGAAAAAUGAACGGAUUCCUAUGCCCCACAAAUAACCCAGAGAUGCAUUUUAAAUAAAAGGACACAUUCUACUCAUGUAAAAACACGCUGAUUCCCUGACCGUCCAAGGGCUGGAUUUAGAAGGCAAUUGGGCCAGAUCCGGCCCCUGGGCCUUAGUUUGCCUACCCAUGCUCUACAGAGUAGUGGGUACGAGGGUUGAGUCUUAGGGUUCUUUUUGCCACAAUAUCAAUUUCAAGGAAGUGACACUCUCCACCUCUAUAAAGCCUUGUUCCUACUGCUGGGGCUAUUUUCAGAUACUGUUCGGUCCACUGCUGUUGCUCUGAUGCCAUUUCCCCCAUUUCAUUUCUCCCUGAGUGAUCCCAGCUAAUCAAGGACCACAUAUGGGAUGCAACGUGAAGACACUACAGAGCAAAGGUUGGGCAUUCACCAGCUCCACGAGGGGCAAAUGAAGCCCAUUCAGAGUAACGUCAAUGCUUCCUAUAGUCUGUCACAUAAGAAGUUAUUCAGAACUAGCUGGCCAUUUUUAUUCGGUCUGAAAAGAUUUAACGGAAACACACUCAGCUUCUAAAAUGCUUUCCCAAGGACUUAUGGCUAGAGAAAGGCUAAACUGGGGUAGGAAAAUGAAUUCAGCAUGAUUCCCACCCAAGCACCAAAGAUCAGCUUGCAAAAAGCAUGGGGCUAUGAAUGUGCCCGCAAACCGCCCUUUUGCCCCCCAAUCAUUCCUUGCCCCACACGUGAUGUCAUAUAUGACAUCAGAUGUAGGACAGGUGGGUGGGACUUGCUAAAAAUGACCAGAGGUUUGCUUACUGCUAGGCCAGAGUAACUCACAGGAAGACACAUACCCUACAGAUGUCCCAUUAGCACAGUGGUACAAUAAUCACAUAUUACGCAAGUUGAACAUUCUGCUUAAUUUGCAGGACCUUCACAACAGGAAAAAACUAAGGCAAAUGCAAUAGUCCCCAAGCAGGUGGCAUCUAAACAUACUUCAGUGAUGACUUAAGGAAACACAUCGGAAACUCCCAAAUCAAGGCUUUAUGGGGCAGCGUCAACUAAGCCAUAUUACGCCAUGCACUGGUGUUCUAUUCGUUGAAUGCAGUAAAAGUAUUAUAGGGACCAAAGAAUGAAAAGGAUAGUAGUAUAUUGAAAAGGUAGAGGAGGGAUUGAUCCUGGAGUACUGAGGUAAAAGUCACACUAUCAAGCCCAGUUAUCCAUGGAAAUUAAUGCCCCCUAGAUUUUAAAAUGAAGAUCAAGCUUUUUGUUUGUGUAGGUGAGCAAAAAGGAACAUUUUAAAAUAAUAUCUUCAUCAAAAGCAUAGUAAGAUCCAUUGACUACAGGGCAGGGGGUCAAAUGUGAAGGAAAACGUAGCAGAUGGAGAAAAACCCUUGCCAGCACUCCCUGCCUUGCUUAAAACUAUGCUUGGAGGCCUCCUCCCUUCAGUAAAAGACUAGCUCCCAAAUCAGCCACUGCCACGUCCACUUCUUACCUCCAUAUACUUCAGAGGUAGAUGCAAGAAGAAGCCGAGCUCCAACACGUUUUGCUAACCCUUAAAAGAAAAACAAAAAAAGAGGGUGAACUUUAGUGAAAAUGAACGAACUCACGCUUAUCUUAAUUUAAUUUUGACCAAAGGGGGCGAAGCAACCAGGAGUUCCACAUUCCAUUCAGUAGCAGGCUUUGUUGUAAAAGCUUUCAGACCGAAAUUUAACUUCUCACCCAAAAAAACACCCUUAAGAACUAUACUUUAAAGUGGCUCUGCAUUACUCCAGCAGUGCAGACCUCCUGUAAUUUUGCAGAACUGAUGUGGAGAGCCUUGUGGCAUCAUAAAGAGGUUCAUUAUUGCAGCACAAGCUUUAGCAAGAGUUCGUCUCAAUGGGUGCCAUCUUUGUUGUUUUUGCUAAGAGGGACUUCACAUGUGGCUUUUGGGGAUUAGACCCUGCCUCUGUCAACCUAAACUACUUCACAGGGUUGUUGCGGGGAUUAAUGGGGAAUGGGAGAGCCAUCGGCUCUGGAUCCAUUCCAGUCCGGCUUCCGCGCUAGUCAUGGGAGUGAGACGGCUCUGGUCGCCCUAACAGAUGAUCUCCGCAGGCAGCUGGAUCGAGGCGGGUCGGGGCUGCUGAUUCUUCUAGACCUGUCAGCAGCCUUCGACAUGGUCGAUCACGAACUCCUGGACCACCGCCUUGCCGACGUGGGGAUCCAGGGCACAGUCCUUCAAUGGCUGCGCUCGUUUCUCUCUGGUCGGGGACAGAGGGUGGCGCUUGGGGGGGAAUUGUCAUCCCGCCACUCCUUGGUGUGUGGAGUGCCCCAGGGUGCGAUACUCUCCCCGAUGCUUUUAACAUCUUUAUGUGCCCCCUCGCCCAGCUUGUCCAGAGUUUUGGGCUGGGCUGCCAUCAGUAUGCUGAUGACACCCAACUCUAUCUGUUGAUGGAUGGCCAUCCUGACUCGGCCCCAGACACACUGAUCAGAUGCUUGGAAGCUGUGGCUGGAUGGUUACGUGGGAGCCGGUUGAAGUUAAAUCCUUCGAAGACAGAGGUCCUCUGGCUGGGACGGGACGAUAUGGGAUUUAGGGGGCAACUCCCAUCUCUUGCGGGGUGCAAUUAGUGCCAGCACCGUCCGUUAAGAGUUUGGGUGUAAUCUUCGAUACCUCCCUCUCCAUGGAGGCGCAGAUUGCAGCUAUAACAAAGGCGGCAUUUUUUCAUCUCCGCCAAGCUAAGCAGUUGGCUCCUUACCUCUCUCGCCCUGACCUAGCCACUGUGAUCCACGCGACGGUCACCUCCAGACUGGAUUAUUGUAACUCGCUCUACGUGGGGCUGCCCUUGAGACUGACCCAGAAACUCCAGCGGGUGCAGAAUGCCACAGCGAGACUCCUUAUGGGGUCUUCGCUGCGAGAUCACAUUCAUCCGGUGCUAUACCAGCUGCACUGGCUCCCGGUGGAGUACAGGAUCAGGUUUAAGGUGCUGGUUUUAACCUUCAAAGCCCUAUAUGGCCUAGGACCCUCGUACCUACGGGACUCUCCUGGUAUGCCCCACAGAGGAACUUACUGUCUUCAAAUAAAAACAUCUUGAAGGUCCCAGGCCACAGAGAGGUUAGGCUGGCCUCAACUAGAGCCAGGGCUUUUUUGGCUGCGGCUCCAACCUGGUGGAACGCUCUGUCACAAAGAGACAAGGGCCCUGCAGGACUUGACAUCUUUCCGCAGGGCCUGCAAGACAGAGCUGUUCCACCAGGCCUUUGGUCAGGGUCCCUCCUUUGGCAAUCUUUACAAAACUUUAGUUUAUGGUUGCCAUCAAUUUUGAUUUUAAUUAAUUUUUAUAAUGUUUUUAUAAUGUUGCACUAUUUUAGUGUUGUUAGCCGCCCUGAGCCUGGCUUUGGCUGCGGAGGGCGGGAUAUAAAUAAAAUUUAUUAUUAUUAUUAUUAUUAUUAUUAUUAUUAUUAUUAUUAUUAUAUAUGCCACACCUUGAGCUCCUUGGAACAAAAGAUGGGACAGAAAUGCAAAAUGAAAUACCCAAAAAUGCUUACUCUCAUCCUGCCCAUUUGGAAGUCUAGCACAACAGGCAUGAAAGCAUAGUUAAGGAUUUUCUGAAUGCUUCAAGAAAUUCCCUGCUACUUGGUAUAAGACUACAAGCAUCCAAAACAGUUAAUGGCCUGUCCGCGUCUAUAUAAUAAGGUAAGGAUACUACCAAGAACCCCAAAUUUCUGCAAAAGGAAGUCAAGAGAAUACAUCUUUGGCCAGCCCUUAGAACUCGCUGAAUGGCAUGAAAAGUGACUUGAGAUGGUAUAGGAAGUUAUUUGUGGCAAAUAUCCUGCACUAUCCUCAAGUGCCAAGAAUAUCUUCUUUGUAAUGACAUCAGUCUGCAUCACUGGGCAUAUCCCUGGUUCACCCCAUCACACUUGUUCAUGAAAGUGGCUACCCUGGGACUGAAGGAUGGCAAAAAUAUACUGUUUGACUUCCCUUAAAAUUAGGGAUAAGGAAACUGUGUCGAUCCAGAUGCUGCUGGACUACAAAUCCCAUUAUCUCUGGCCAUUGGCCAUGAUGGCUGGACUACAAAUCCUAUUAUCCCUGGCCAUGUUGGCUAAGGUAGAUGGGAACUGGAGCCCAACAAACUCCAGAAGGUCACAGGUUCCUCACCCCUGCCCUAAGGCUUGCUGUUAUGGCAUGCAAGUACUUAGCUUCAAGUAGGGAUACCAACUUGAAACAAAAAGGAAUGCCCUGCUGGUGUUUCUAAAGAAUAUUUAAGUCAUUUACAAACAGACAUACAGGUGCAAACAUCUGGAAUCAGGAUGCUGCGCUUUUCUCCAGUAAAAGUCAGUAGCGAUGCACCGUACCAUCUCAAUGAACGUCAAGCUGCUUAUUUCACAUAAUCCAUUCACUGACUCACCCAACAUGUUCAGCGUCCCUAUGGUGUUGGUCUUUAGCGUCUUGAUGGGAUUAUACAUGUAAUUUGGAGGGGAAGCUGGAGAGGCCAGGUGGUAAAUUUGGUCCACUGUGAAACAAUGACAAAAAAAGAGAAGAGUGUUUAUUUUACACCAACUUAGUUGGGAGAUUAAAAAAGGGGGAAGGAGUUGUAGGUAUUCAGGGACACUUCCACCAUGCCAGAUCUCUUGGAUGUGGGAACAGAGCCAAUGAGAGAAUUGAACUGACAGAAGAAAAUGGAAGGCAAGAGUCCAAGAGUGAAUAGCAGCCCAGAUUUGGAGACAAUCACUUCUUCUGACUCUCAUGAGCAAGAGCCUGCUUGCAAGGGUCUACUCACAAGCGAGGCAAGACAAAAGCAUAGCCGGAAGGCUGCGUUAAAAGGGCAAAAGGAGGAUGUUCUUUGGCUCUUCUCUAUAAGAGAACCAGAAACUACUGUAUGAUACAUCUCUCUUGUCAUCUGGAAGAGCCCAGAGACCUACAACUUGCAGGCUUGUCCCACUGUCCUUCAUCACGUUACUCAAAUCUCAAACUCAGCAAAGAAUAUGUUAAAGAGGUGAAGCAUGCAAUGAGCAUGUUCCUAUGGGUGCGGAACUAGGAAGAUGGGUAUAAAUGGGAUGAGAAUAUAAACUUAUAAUAUCAUUUUCUUAGUUUAAGAGGAGAAAAACACCACUCCAUUUGGAACGUACAACCAAUUAAAUAUUUAUUCCAAAUCCCAUUUCACAUACAAACGAUUUAGGUUUGAAUUGUUUCCCUAGACAAAUUCUCAUCCAAUUAUACUGAAGCGAUGCAAAAAUUACUGAAAAACUUUUCUAGUACUAACUUAAUCCUUAUGGGUUAUCGCUGGUUUCUUUUUAACAUUUUGGGAUGAAAGCUGACUUUCAAAACAAUUUUACAGAGAAAUCUUUGUUUAUAGAGUUUGGCUAGUCAGUUCUAAGGGUGCCAUUUAAACAGGCUUAUGUGAUUUCCGCAUUCUGUGGAAUUUUUUUCCUUGUCAAAGACACACAGCAAGCACUUUGAACUGUGAAGUAUCUUCUUGUUGAGAGAGAGUCACACCGGAAUUGCCUUUCAUUAUACUCAACAAAAAGAAACUAUAUAAUUCAUACCCAGCCAAGGCUGAAAUUGCGUGCUAAAAACAGGCUGCCAGUUUAAUAGCGUCCCACCGGUAUUAUUUAACCAAAAGCAUUUGACUGUACGAGGGAGGUGUUGUAGACCAUUAGCAAAUUCCAACUGCACAGCUACACCCCCAUGAUCCAGAAACAAAGUCGUUAGGGGAUCUAAUUAAACUGGAGUCUGGGAUAGGUGGAGAAUCUUAUUAACCCCCGUUUAUAUUAUAGUCUUGCAAACAUGGCAAAUGUUUCCCCCCGCUUCUCAAGACAGUGUGUGCCUCCUGUACAUUUAGAUAAAGAUUCAUGAAGUUCUGCAGUCUUUCUUAAUGAAAUAACUCCAGCUUCUAAAAAGCACUUAUCUCAUGUAUUUUUCGCUCGACAAUAUCGACAAUUACAUAUGUGGCAUGUGUAACCUCAAAAGGCAACAUAUAUAGCAUAAUUUCAAUGCUCACAUGCUGGUUUGUAUGUACCACUGAGCCAAACCAUAGUUUAUAGCAUGACCAAUCAAAUGUGUGGGCUUUCCAGUGAAAAGAUUGGGUGCGUUUUGCUUCUCUCUUCCACUCCUGAUGUUAGUUACUGCACAGCUGUGAACGAAGCCAUGUUUUGGCUUAGUGUUAUGUCAGAACCGAGGCUCCUUUCUUAGUUGAAAAAAUUCAUAAUCUGGGUUACUACUCAUGGUCUGCUUGGGGCACAAGUAUGGGGUCAGACAUAACACUAAGUCAAACCAUGGCUUAGCUCACAGCAACAGGUCUAGAGGAGGAGGUAAGCAGUUGUGAUCUUUUCACCAGGAGCCCACAGAUUAAGUCAUUCACACCAAGUAAUGGUGCAGUUUAGUAUUAUAGGCACCGUUUGUUGUUGUUUUUUAAUUUCACCCAUAUUGUCACAGUGUGAAAACAGCAUGGGUGAAGAGUUAAAAGGGAAGGGAAGGCAGCAGAGAACUAAACAGCUCAACCUCUGUAAUUGCUUGACCAUGAGGAUGUUACAGAAUCGGAACCAGUUCUCAUGUUUCCUACGGCCACUUGCUUUGUAAUGAGCAGAUUCGAGAACUCAAGUACAUCCACAAGCAAUUUUAUUCCAGUGUGACUUCAAUGAAUUCACUGAGGAAGCACAGUAUUAUGUACUUGUGAUGUCAAGAUGCAGGUGAAUGAAUUUUGGGGUGUGGUGGUGGUUGGGAAAUAGCCCUUCCCCGCUGUUCCCACCCAAUUUUAAAUUGGAUUAAACUUAGAAAGUGCCUGAAAUUAAUCAGAUUCAAAAAAAGUAAGAUGUCUAGCCUCAACGUGCCCCUGGUAUCACAGGGUAUCUCAAACUAAGUUGUUCCGGUUGUGCAAGGAAUCUCAUUUGUGCAACAGAACUUCCCCUCCCCAUGUUGUCCAAAUCUAAUGUGGGGAUUCCUCACAAUCUCCCGUCAGACUGAGGGUGAGGUGGGGUGGGGGGCUACGGGAGGCCCAUGGGGAAGGGAAAGGGGUCCCCUGAGUUCUGUGGCAGAAGCAGAAGCCCUUGUGCUCACAGGCAAACUUUGUGUGGUACAACACUGUGACAUCGCCCAUGGUCCUCCCCUCUUGGCUAACUUUGUGGGUAUGGUAUCUUCAGCUGCCCAAUUCCCGUGAGGACAGUGGUACUUUACAUGCUCCCAGAAGCAACUGCAUGUGGACUUAAGGAAAACAGCAGAAUUUGCCAGCCACACAGAGGUGGCCAUUUACGAGACGACAGAAACAGGUCCCUAAUGUUCAUGCAUGAAGCAGCCCAUCUUGUGUCCUCUCGGGGGGACUCACCUUCAAUGUAGAGGGGCUCUACGACAUCAUGAUUAAUCAGUUCAAAGUUCUCGUGGCCAAUCCAGUGUUCCACGUUUCUUUUCCUGCCCGUAAAGAAGUUGUCCACAACUGUAACUUCAUGGCCAUCCAUCAUUAGUUUGUCAGUAAGAUGAGAACCCACAAACCCUGCUCCUCCAGUUAUCUGCAUUAGGACAGUUUGCAUAUAAAUGUUUCUUCUCUUUUAAAAGGAAAACACCAGACAAAAAGUCCACAAACAUGAAUAGAAAUCAACAGCAGCUUUCAGAGUUUUUGUUUUUUUUACAUCUUGAUAGGGGCAGGGGAGGGAAAAAAUAACUCCAUUUUGUUUUUGUUUUAAAUUCAGCUUCAGAGUAGUAAAGAUACAUCUCACUCCUCGCUUCAUGCAACUACAGAAUUUGUGAGAAGUUGUUCCUGGGAGGUCAAAAGUUAAGGAUGAUGCCUCCUGUUAGGUAGGUAAAACAGCAUGUUCCAAACUCAAGGAACAGAGGUUUAUCCCACGCCACCCUAAAUUCACCAGAAUAAAUGGAAAUAAGGAAAACUAGGGAAGAUCCACACAGGAUUUUCACCAAGGACCAUCAUGCAAAAUGCUUGCUUCUUUUCACAAUCCCUUCCCUCCAAUAAUGGGUGAGAAAACAGCAAGCAUUCCUGCAGUGCAGUGUGGUUUGCAUCCCAUUCUACUUAAAUCAGAUCUGUCUGGGCCAGGUAUAGUCGACGUGGUUUCCCUCCAGAUGAACUACAAUUCUCAUCAGUCGCAGUCAGCAAAGUCAUUGGAUAGGGAUGAUGGGAGCUGCAGUUCAUCUACAUCUGCAAGGCACCAGGCUGGCUACUCCUGGUGUGGAUUAACUCAGAGGGCAGGUGCAGAUGUCCAGAAAUAGCAAUGGAAGUCUGACUGCAGGUGGUUGCGAUGAUGGGAUUGCCAAUUUGACUUACUCCCAUGGUUUUGUUUUUUAAAACAACAACAACAACCACAUCUCCUCUCUGCAUCUGGAAAACUUUCAUAUAUCUGGGGAGAUAUAUCAAGGGAGAAAAGUGUUGAUCUGGACAUCUUUCUGACAGCCUAGCUUUCCAUGCAUGGGAGUGUUUUCCAUAGCGGUAGGGAGGUUUUCACAGACACAGUUAUCACCAGACUGAAGCACGAUUUGGGCAAAUCUAUGGAAGAUGCCAAAGUAGAGCACAAUAAGUUUAACGUUGCUACACCCUCAUUUUCACAAUGCGGGUUAGGACCUUGAGAAACAUAAUGCAUCCAGAAGAAAGGAAUGCAUUUUUUAAGCAAAUGCUUAUUUUCCCUGUGCUGCAAUCUUUCCUGCAAGUGUCUCUCAUCAACUUAGUGCACAGACAGUGAGCCUGAACUAUAGGUCACUCGGUCCAUAGCUGGUGCCACUUAAAAGUUCGCUCAUUUCACACAACAUUCCAAAGGGCAUAGAAAAUAACCGAGCACUAUUGAACCACUGAAGAAAACAAAUGAGCUUCAGUCUGAUGUGGCAACUUCGUAAGGGUCAAUUACAUAACAGCCAAUUUCGGUACUCCGCUAAGGCAAUCCAAAUAGCAGCUGUGAGAUUACAAGUGAUUACUAAUGCUUUGAACAAUUAACAGUGGAAGACUCUUACAGCUACCGAACGAUGCACUAACUUGGCUAUUUACUUGUUAAUUAAUAUAUUCACAAAAGUGAUUCUUACUUCAUAAUGGGGGAAUUAAAUUUGCUGAAUUCAUAUAUUUUUUAAACACACACCAAGAACUUUUUUUUUUAACUUGCCUCACAGGCCAAACAAUUUAAAAUCUAACUUUCCCCUUAUUUGAUUCAAAUGUCUGACAACAAUGUUAUCAGUAAGAGAGUUGUGUGCAAGAGACUCUAUACAUCUCCAGCCAUCUAAUAAAGACUGAGAAAUCUUUCACCCACUUUUAAGCUCACCAACAUUUCAGAAGGUUGGAUUUUACAUUCACAAUAUUGAAUGGGUUAUACUUCAAUCCAUGUAUCACUUUGCAAAUUAUUGCAGCCAUAAAGGAAGCAAUACCCUAAAGUGUCCGAGCAACCUAUUAUGGCGUUGGUCCCACCUGUUCUAAAAUGAGUUUGACCAAACUGCGGGAGGCAGUGGAAGACAGGAAUGCCUGGCGUGCUCUGGUCCAUGGGGUCAUGAAGAGUCAGACACAACUAAACAAAUGUUCCUUUACACAUGCAUUGCUGGGGUGGUGUUCAAGGAAGAAACUGCCUCCCAUUGACCUCAUCACUAGGAUCAUUCAUGAAUUCGCACUCAAAGCCAAAUCAGUAAGCCCAACCAUUCUAGAAGUGUUCUGAGGCAACCACUACACCACGCUUCCUCAACUUGUCUUCCAGAUGUUUUGAGACUACAAUUCCCAUCAUCCCUGACCACUGGUCCUGCUAGCUAGGGAUCAUGGGAGUUGUAGGCCAAAAACAUCUGGAGGGCCGAGGUUAAGGAAGCCUGCACCACACCCUUCCCAGUAAAUUAAGAGCAGCUUUGCUGGAUCAGAGUGAAAGUUUGCUGGAUCAGCCUGGAGGAACGCAAUGCUUCUUCACAGAGGCCAGUCAUGGACCCAACAGCUAGUUAAUCAGAACCCAAGAGAUUUGCACUCAAUACCAGACCAGAGGCUACAAAUAGUAGUCACAGAACUGCCUAUACUGACUGAAUUACUUGACAAUGUGGUUCUUCCCAUCCAUAGACGUGACCUUCAUGAAAAGAAAGUGUCUUUCUUGUGCAACACCACAGCAACUGGAUUGCAACCCAAGUGCUUGCUUGUAUGAGUAGAAGGGCUCCUGAUUUCGUCCGAAUCCCAUUUUCUGCUUCCCCGCGCCUCCUGAAAAACCAUUCCUGAUGAACACAUACUGCACAAGCUACUCAUUCUGACUGACACAACCUGUGAAAGGUUAGCACAGUCAUUCAGGAAAUCUAGGCAACUGUGUGAUAUGCAUCUUCAUCCUGAUAAAAAUAACCUUCUGGGGGUUACCGUUCUCUUCUUCAGUUUUGCAUACAGUACAUAUGGGCUCCCCGGCUGUCUCACAUCAAACACUCACUGCUUAAGAUCAGACCCUCUUAGCUUGAGCAAUGUCACACAGUUUUUACAGUCCUGCACUUCUCCCCAGACUGCAUUUAAGGGCUGAACACAAGCACAUUCGGGAGAGGUGACAUCAAUGGGUCUUCUUGUAAGUAAAUGGGUUUAGAAUCAGGGUGUCAAAGCGUUCUUAAAGCCUCACAAAAAUCCUGGGUUGCUACAUAUUAGGUUUACUCCACCAAAACUACAAAGCUCCAGUUCUAUCAAACAACAGGGUGCUUAUCAAAAGGACGAAGGGCCACCAAAUCUUUAAUCAGAGUCCAAUGCUGUGCUCACAGUAACAUCAACAGAAUUUCUGAUUCACAGCUUUAACGGAAAGUUCAUGACCAACACAUUGCUCUUAGCUAAGAGUCAAUUAGUUUCCAUGUCAUUUAAUUACCAGGAAUAUUUCAGGUCUGCAUUUACAGUCUGCAGCUCCUACACAUUAUUUAGUGGAGGGUUCCCCAAACUUGGGUCUCCAGCUGUUUCUGGACUACAGUUCCCAUCAUCCUUGACCACUGGUCCUGCUAGCUAGGGAUGAUGGGAGUUGUAGUCCAAAAACAGCUGGAGACGCAAGUUUGGGAAACCCCGAUUUAGAGAUUCAAGGCAGCCAACGUUCUUCUACUGGUGUCAGCUGUUCAUUUGGCUCACAUUUCAAACGGCUUUCUAGAUGUUUGACACUGAGCAAUUCUACCGAUAUCAGUUGCUCACUUUCACCUUUAAUGAAAACUACAUCAGCAGCAGCAGCAUCAUUAUAUGAUUAUAUGUAGAAAAUAAUUUCAUCAUGCGGUAGCAGUUUGCCCCGUGAUAUAUGCACAUGUGGCUAUUUCUAAGUGUGCAGGUGGUGUGCAUAAAUACUAUGUACAUGCAGACAGGCAUGUACAGUAAGCUCCUGCAGUCAAUCGGAAGUCCUGUCGGAUGUUCAGCUUCCAAAAAUAGUUCGCAAACUGGAACAGUCACUUCCGGGUUUGUGGAGUUCAGGAGCCAAAACCUUCGACUGGCAAGGCGUUAGACUUCCAAGGUAGAACUGUACUACGGAGAGGAUUCAAAUUGCUUCUGAAAUGAAGUCCCUUUCACACAGGCAAUUUUGCCUUGCAAUUACAGCCUGAACUAGACGGCUGGACGGCUGAAGUAGGUUGUCUCCAGCACUUAGCAACCACAGCUACUCUGCUUCUGAUGUCACAGCUAACAGCGCUCACAGAUUUGUCUAAGCCUUUUAGAAACCAUCCAAGCUGUCACCACAAACUUUGGCAACUAAUUCAAUAUACCUCGAGAGUAUGUUUGCAUUUGUGCAUUUUCAAACGGCUACCAGCUUUUCCAGGGUGCCCCACUGCUGAAUUUCUAUUCACUACGGUUACUGUGGAGGGAAGAGGGCCUUUACAGUGGUGGCACCUCAUUAAAAAAUGUCAUCCCCAAGGGGGCUUGCCUGGUGCCUACUUAGCACUCCUUUGAGCACCAGUUGAAGGCCUUUAUACUUCUUCAGGUGUUUUAAUGUUCUAAUCUCAACAUUCCAAAAAUCUGAAAUUACUGGAGAUGUUCAGAGUUUCUAUUUUCUGGUGCUUCUGAGAGCUCAUUGCUUUUAGCCUCUGCUCCUGUCUUCAUUAUAAUCUUUUAUUUUAUGGUUUUGUUUUACAUUUACUGUUAGCCACCCAAACUUUCCACUAUGGGGCAGCAUAUAAAUAUUGUUAUUAAAUGGAAAAAAAACACACUGGAAAAGAAGGAUGCUGAAAUAAGUCAAAGCAAGGACCAGCAUGAAGAACAUCUUUUGAAAAAUUAUGCCAGUAAAAGCAUCGCUCCCUCAAAUUCUGAGUUACAAGUCUGUUGCCUGUAUUUUGCUUUUUAAUACAGAAAACUAUGUUCUUUCUAACAAACUUUCUCCUUCACAGGAACCAUUUGUGAUCUUUUAUUUUUUUCCUCCCAUUUGAGGUUUCCUUUGGCUUCUCUUAGCACACAAUCCAUGCCCACUUAGCUUCAACAAUACCACAGUGUCUGGGUGCUCAGUCCAGAAUUGGGUACUCAAAUAUUGAUUAUUGCUUCUUAAUGAUGCCAUCCUUAGGACUAUGUCCAAAAUUUAAAAUUAAAUUAGGAAGAGCUAAAAAGCUAACACAAGUACCCUGAAUUUUCUUUUCAAUGUGUGCCAUGCCACAAAGAGACUGGCCAUCUUGUUGUUUCUUCUCAUUAAACCUAUGUAGAAAUUUAGGUCACUGAUUAGUUCUAAGCAAGUUGCCAACUUACCAAAAUUCUUUUACGAUCCUUUUCAGAUAGGAACUUCACUGGCGGGUACUUCUGAGUAAAACUAUGAAACAUUUCAAAAUGGAAGAAUGAGAAAUUUUAAACCUUAUUGAAGCUGGAAGACUUAUCACUGGCACAUGUGUUUAUCCUACGAUGCCCAGUAAACAUUACAUAAGAGAAUCACAAACCAUUAACUCCUGGAAGCCAAUACAUAUGAAUUAAUAAAUUAGUACAGUGGUACCUCCGGUUGCAAACGGGAUCCAUUCCAGAGGUCCGGCCAGAUCCCAAGGUUUUCGCAAGCUGAGGAGAAGCAGUAGACCGCUUCUGCGCAUGUGCGCACGGCGAAACAUUUCCGGGUUUGCCGCUUUUGCAACCUGAAGUUUAUGUUACCCAAGGGUAAUGUAACCCGAGGUGCUACUGUACUGAGUUGUAUCCAACAUUAGACUUAGGUGAUCAAACAUUAUAGCCUCCUUAGAAGUUACUAAUAUCGAAUGCCAUGGCAUAAAGCACGAGUUCUUUGUUCACACUGUGAACUGAUCUGCAGCUUCUCUCACUUAUCUUCCUGGAUGAAAACAGGAAUACAAAAUGCUUCACUGGUACACAGUGUUGGAUGCCAGAUGUACCAUCAGUCUGCAACAGUACAUUCUAUUUUAGGCUACUUUUAAAUAUAAACAUGCAAUGAAAGGGAGUGGGGGAGAGAAGGUGGUGACAGUUCUAAAUAUCUAAUUAGGUCACGAUGACUUUAAAAAAUAGUAAUUUAAAACUCCCUAGACUGUUGAGGAUUUAAGCAGCUACCUCCCAGUCAUUAACAUAUCCUUUAUUCGGGAAAGGUACUCGAGAAGGUUGUAGCCAUAAGAACCGUAGUCACACUUAGAUCAAGAAAAUUUGCAUUCAUUCAUUUCAACCUGGUUUCAGCACCGACACAGCUUUGGUUGCUCCAGCACUGAGAGACACACAGGGGAGUGUGCCCUAGUUAAUUCUCUUUGAUCUGUCACUACCUGCAAAACCAUUUCCAAAGAGUUGCAUUAAGCGAGCUAUGGUCUGCUCCACUGCUGCUGUGCUGUGGGGUCAAGCAAGGUUUCACUGCGUCCCCAAUGCCCUAUGUAACAUCUAUCUGAAGCCAUUUCAGUCGCCGUGGCUUUUAGAAGGUACCUUUUCUCCAGUUCUCGGAUCUUCUCUCUUAAAGGCGCGACAACCUAAAGGCAAAAGUGACAGUUAACACCCAGUGUGGUUUCCUUGCAUCAAUAUAUUUCCCCGCAAGAACAACAAAUCAAGAUUUGUUUUUAAACUACAGAUCAUAGUUAAAAGAGGAGAGAGAGCUUUGGCUGUGAUCCUGGGUUCAGACAACACCCUACGCCAAACUCUGGCUUAGUUGCCACACUGAGCUAAGGCACAAGGGAAAAACAAAGUACCGGUAGAUGCUAUCUCCUCCUUGGGAACCAGCACUUUCACAUUAAGCCACAGUUUGUUAUUUAAAAUAAAAAUGUUCAUAGAAAAAAUACAAAACUUACUAUCAAAUAUCUUUUUUAUUCAACAUUAGUCAAAAUAAGAUAAAGACAUACAGAAAAAGGGGAAAAAGGAAGCUAAUAAGAAAGAGAUAGAAAAGAUAAAGUUUGGAAACUAAAGAACUUCCGAUUCUUCAUCUGCUAUAUAUAAACAAUAUUCACUUCAUCCACUCCAAUAUAACACCCAACGAAACCACUUUCUAUGAACAAACUUUAUCUUCAAUCCCCAAAUCCAAGCGUCAUUAUUUCCUUUUUUCACACCAAAGUCUACGAGAGGUUUCCAAUCUUUAGUCAUAAUCAAAUCCUUAUAAACCAGCACAAGUAAGGUGGGGUACAAUAAUUUAAAACCAAUCUUUAGUAAAUGUUAACACUGACUUUCCCCUGAUUAAACAUGUCGAUUUUGCUAUCUCAGCUAAGUCCAUUAAUUUUGACAACCAUUCUUCCAUUGUUACAUUAAGUCAUGGUUUAGUUUAGCUUUACAAGAUGACACAGCCAUAAAGAAUUGAGGGGUGGGUGCUGCAGUUAGCUGCAUAUUAGCAGCACUGAAACCAAGAUAAAGAAUGCCAACAGGAAACCAGCAUUUUACUCCCAUGACCCAUUUCAAUCCUGACAUACACCGGAAGCAGACAUUUGGUGUGCAAAGAGAAGGAGCUUGCAUUAUUUUGGUUGCAUUAUUACUGCAUUUAUAUAUUUUACGAACACUGAUGAAUGUGUUACAACCACCCACAAAGAUAUGGGGGGGGGGGGCAAAUGAAAAUUGUUUUAUAUAUAUUAUUAUUUACAGCUAACAAGUAGGAUCUCAAAGUAUGAAUGUUAAAGGAAGACAUCUUCUUCUUCUUCUUCUUCUUCUUCUUAUUAUCUACAAAGCAACACACUGGCGUGGAGCCGAAUGACUAUGAGCUUUGGCAACAUUUGAAGAGAAGAAAAAUAAAAGUGGCAGCUCCACCGAGGGGACAGAAUUGAAAGGAAAGAAGGCUGACACCGAAAGUAAAACAGUGAAAGUCUGCAAAAUGCUGACUGUGGGGAAAGCAAGGAUUAUAAUACUGGAUUAUCCAGCGUACUGACCUCUUCAAUCUUAUUUUCUACUUUCUGAUCACUAUUAUCCUGGAUAGACCUGUUGGGAAGAAAACCAUAAGGAAAACUUUAAAAAUGGCCAAAGAUCCACCAAAUCCAGCGAUAGAAGUUCAGCUAGAAUAGAGUAAGCCCUCAAUUUCCAUGGGGGUGACUUUACGGGGAUCACACCUAAAGCCAAAAUUGGGCAUAGUCAUUGGGUGCAAUUUUGGGUGGGGUUGCCAAAGUCUUCCCCUCCCCAAGAGGCUUGCCCGCCUUUUAAAUUUUGUUUAAAAAAACAAUGCCAAGCAUGUAAAACUGAAUGCGCACAAGUUAAAUGAGUGUACAGUGGUGCCUCGCAAGGCGAAUGCCUCGCAAGACGAAAGAGUUUUCCGUUUCUUGAGUCGUUCCGCAAGACGAAUUUCCCUAUGGGCUUGCUUCGCAAGACGAAACGUCUUGCGAGUUCUUGCGAGUUUGUUUCCUUUUUCUUAAAGCCGCUAAGCCGUUAAUAGCCGCUAAGCCGCUAACAGCCGUGCUUCGCAAGACGAAAAAACCGCAAGACGAAGAGACUCGCGGAACGGAUUAAUUUCGUCUUGCGAGGCACCACUGUAAGUUGCAGACUUACUGUAGAGAUGGGGAACCUCCAGAUGUUGUUGGACUCCAACUCCCAUCAGCCUUAGCUAGCAUAGCCAAUUGUCAGGGAUGAUGCAAGGUAGAAUCCAACAACAACUUCCAAUUCCUUCUGCCACACCUAAAGAGUACAAAACUUAGUUGGGAAACCCUACAUGGGGUUCACCAAAGGGGGAAAACCCUCCACAAGUAUUCCUAUGUUUGUAAGAAUUGUUUCACAACAUAGGUCAGUUUUCCCUCAAACUUCUCAAAGUUGUUGUUGGACUAUAACUCCCAUCAUCCCUGACCACCAGUCCUGCUAGCCAGGGAUGAUGGGAGUUGUAGUCCAACAACAGUUGGGAGACCCAGGUUUGGGGAAAACACAUUGACACAGCUGCAUAGCAUGUAGGAUGCACACAAAGAAAAACUCUUGAGUUUGUGCAGACCCAGCUCCUGCACAUAGAAUGUCGUGCGUGAUCUGAAGCUUGGGUCAUGCACACCUUUGCAUAAACGCUAUCCCAGAUAUGAUGCUCUAUAAAAAGUGUGGGAAGCCCCUGAAAGUUACAAGUCAAUCCUGUGCCCUUUCAUACACCAGAAACCUGUGGCUAUAUAUGCCCUUGUUCUGGAGUAAGAGAAUUAAACCAGGAGUGAUUAACCUCUGGCCCUCAGUGGUUGUAUGCAACCGCCCAUCAUCCCCAGUUGCUGACCGUGCUGGCAGGGGAUAUUGGGAGUCAAGAGUCCAGCAACUUCUGAAGGGACAGAGGUUAGCUACUCCAGAGUUAAAACUGUUUUGUUACCUUAAGAGUCGUUUGUAGAAAAGGUUCACUGGGUGAAACCACAUCCUCAGCCGAACUUGUUUAAUCUUAUGGGCAUCAAGUGCUGAUAACACAAUCAGAGCCUAUGAAACCCACACAGUUAUAUGGAUUUUCUACAGCAAAGAACCCAGGUCACUUUCAGCCACAGGAUUAGCACCAGUAAAUGUUUAUUUUUACCAAUGGAGUAAUCCAAUCUGACUCUCCACUUACAACGGGAAGCAGGAGUGGCCUUUUUCUUUCUUUCUUUGGAAGGAGCGUACAGUUAUUUUCGGAAACACAGUUCUGCUGAAUGCAAUCUCGUAAUAAUUGAUAAAGCUUUUGGAACACUGACUGCAAAGCACACACAAAAGAAUUGGGGCAUAGGAAGUCAAGGAUAUAGAGUUGUAUCUAACACUGUGCAAACAGACAGGAUGUAUUCCCCCUUCUCUUCCUGCACGCCCACAAAUUCUGCUCCAGACAAUCCCCCGGAGCAGAUUUUUGAGGGUGCAAAGGAAGAAGAGAAAGAAGUUUCAUUAGACAAGCAGAAGUCUAUAGAGUGAAUGGAAUGGUUAACAUUGGACAAGGCCCAUAGUUUUUGCAAAGACAACAGUGACAAUCUCUUCCCCACUCUGAUAAUCUUCUGAAGGACAUUUGCAUGGCUAAUCCCAACUGAGAUAUUGCUCAAAGAGGCAUGCUCCUUUCAAAAACAGCAGCAUGCCACUCAUAUAUUAACUCCAGCAUAAAAAAUGCUCCUGGAGGACUCAUGCAAUGCCUUCACUAAUGACAAAUCUAUCACUGUUGUUCCCGAGUUUGCACCCCAGGAAGGAGAAAGGGGAAGAGACAGUAAAGGGGGGGAGGGCAGAAUAGUUAUAGGGCCUUGUCCCACACUUGUGGAUGGGCCUUUUCAACUGCCACUUUUUUCUUCUCACGCCAAAAAUUUGUGGCUGACGACAACAUUUUUAAUCAGAGAAACUGAAUGUUUCCUGUUAUCUUCCAUUCCAUGGAAGAAGGAAAGGAAGGUUGGGGGAAAAGAUACUUUUUGUUGUUGUUGUUCUGACAGAAAGAAUAAUUCUACUUCACAUCCUCACAGACAUACAAAAGGGGAAAAAGAAGCAGUCGUUGUUACCUCAUGUUGAGUACAUUGCCCCAUACAGCUGUGGGAAAAGAAGAAGAAUUAAUUAGUGUUGCUUGAAAAUAUUUUUAAAUCAAUUCAGAAGACAUUCAUUUCAAGUAUUAACGAGGUGAGCUUCAUUAGGGUAAGAGCAGGUAUUCCAGAAAACAAGUCAUACUGUAUAUAUCAAAUGAUUAUUGGACUUUUGGGAUGCUGAAAUAUCCCAAAAUAAUUAGCCCUCCCAAAGUACUGAAUGUUAAUUGUCACAGUCAGGAAAACAUUCAGCAUUUCAAGCUGCAACAAGCUUCAGGUAGCCCAAAUCUGGAUGUGCUUAAUAUACUUCUCCUUCCCAUACAAAUUACUUCACAGAAGGUUUCCAAGUAGGAAAUAACGUACAACACGUAUACAUUGGUAGCUCGGGUUAAGAACUUAAUUCGUUCUGGAUGUCUGUACUUAACCUGAAACUGUUCUUAACCUGAGGUACCACUUUAGCUAAUGGGGCCUCCUGCUGCUGCUACGCCGCCGCCACGUGAUUUCUGUUCUCAUCCUGAAGCAAAGGUCUUAACCCGAGGUACUAUUUCUGGGUUAGCGGAGUCUGUAACCUGAAGCGUAUGUAACCCAAGGUACCACUGUAUUAUCAUCACAUACAACAAUCAUACUAGACUAUUCUGUGAAGCUUCCCACAGGCGGCGGCACACCAGAAAAAAGCCAUCAGAUAUGACUAGAUACCACCAGGUUACAAGUUAUUUUAUUUACAGAAGUACCAUAUGCAUAGAAAUCCUCUAGCAAACUAAAUGGUCCUUAAUUUUCCACUUUCCUGCAUCGUAUGCCCCACUGAGCACACAUCAUGUUUGAAAGGGGCGCCAUGAAGACCCUUGACCUCAGCAUUGUGGGUUUGAGUCCCACGUUGGGUAAAAGAUUCCUGCAUUGCAGUGGGUUGGACUAGAUGAGCCUUGUGGUCUCUUCCCACUCUACAAAUCAAUGAUAAGUCAGAGAGGGGCAACCUUCCAUGGGUCAACAUGCCGGGGAGGGGUGGUGGCACAGAGGCAAGAGCAGGCAGCGCAAUGGAUGUAACUGUUCAGCUCUGCACAGUAAGCUAGCUUCCAUACGCACUGACACAAAUCUCUCUCAUCACGCAAGAAAGAGGCAUUGUGGCAGUUUAAGGACGCAUUUCAACCUGGCAGAAAUGCUUGAGGGGUAAAGCAGAGCUGGUGAAGAGAGUAUGGGGCGGCGGUGCAUUCAAUCCUUACCGCCUGGUGUCCCCUGCUCCUGGCCCAGAAGAACAAGGACCCCUGGGAGGAAGAACUCAUGAGGUAAAAUAAAUGCCAGCCUGGCCCCAGACAUCGGGUUCCUUGUCCACAAAGAACCCGAGCUGCUCCAAGAAGUGCAAGGUGUGAAGCAGCUUCGGCUUCUGCUGCUGGCCAGAAGACCAAAGUCACCUUCACCCCCCUCAGGAACUCACACCAUUGUAGUCAAGGAAGAAUGUCAGAUAGAUACAAAGGCCUGCUUACAGUUCCCUAAUUUAUUCUGGCAUUGUCAAAGGCAUUUCUCUUCUCUGUGUUUUUUCUCCUCUGCACCUCCCUUGUGCAGAUUGCCUCUUCAGUUUACAAAACCUGAGAGCUGGGCCUGGGUCUCAUUUUUGCAUCUGGUAAAGGCAAAGGUAAAGGGACCCCUGACCAUUAGGUCCAGUCGUGGCCGACUCUGG